GUUUAUAAUAGAUGGGAGACUGAGCUCCCAAAGUCUACAGUUUAUUGGAUGCUGAUAGCUAUUGGAGCAGCACAGGCAUGGACUAUAUACCUUACCUAUUACAACAGUCGAAUCCUGGGCUUAAUUACUACUGCAAUAAUCAACAAUUUUUUCAAAAUUGGACACAUCAAACUUGGUAAGGCAUCUAACUAAAAUUUAAUACAUUAAACUUGGUAAGUUAUCUAAUUAAAAAAUAAACCAUUAACCCUCUUUUUUAACCCUCUUUACAUUAACUUUCAGAUUACUGUAGUAAUGUGUUAUAGAUUUUUUUUAUCUUGCUCAAGAUUAAAAAAGCUUUGGAUCAUAGGAGAUAGUCCGUUUCCUUAUUAUUGUUUCAUAAUGUGCAUUGAAUGUAUUGUUAUUUAAUUACAGACUGUAUUUCUAAAAUCCUUGGCAUCUUCUAGGUUCUUUCUCAUUCUCUGUGCUAUCUGGAAAGGUAAUGUUUCGUGAUGUCCAUCUGAUCACUGAGGAUUUUUCAAUUAGGGCAGAGUAUGGGUGGCUGAUAUUCAGAUGGUGGAGGCCAUAUGUUUAUAAAGAAUUAACUGAAGGUGUGUAAAUAGUUGUUUCAUACAAAGUUUUUUUUUUGCUGUACCCGCAAUAACAUGCUGUUAUGAAGAGGUAUAUACAGCUUGUACUUAAGUGGAUCAAUAACAUUUAUUCUUGCUGUAAAAUAUCUAUUUCACAUAGUUAUUGUGAAGAAAAUAUAUAUUUGUAGGAAAAAUGUUUAAUUGCCAGAUUUAUCACACCUGGAGACUAGAAUGUCCAUUUUUUUGGAUGGCUUUGAGUUCCAUGUUUACAACAAGUCUCAAGUUUAUGGUCGGCUAGAAAAGUUAUUCAAGGGUGAAAAUGCUGAAGAAACAGAUGAAAAUCCACCAGAUAACACUAACAACAAGAAAAGAUGCUCGUAUGUAUUAUAAUCCUUUUUACUUUUGAAGCAGUUUUGCAUUGAAAAUGACAUUGCAAUAUUUAACAAUCGAUUUUUGAUGUCACUAAAUAAAUUAUUUUGAGUUGAAGUAUAGUAUAUACACAUUCUAAAACCUGUUCAUUCAUUAUAUAUUAUCCUCAAUUCAAAAGAACCCCCCGCCCCCCUUUCAUUCCCUAUUCCCUUCCCCUUCAGUUUUGGCCUGGAAAAGCCUGAAGGGUAUAACCCUGCUCAUAAGCUGACCCCAUAAAACAAUAUUCAAUUGUGAGCAAUACAAAGAAAAUUUUAAAAAAAAAUCCAGACUUAAAAAUAAUAAUUGUUUUUAAGUAAAAGACUUUAAAACUAAUAAACAUAUGAUAGACUAGGAUUUUUACUAUCUGCAAUGACAAUUUCAUAAUGCAAGGUAUGCAUUUUAAUACUUUAUAGCUUAUACAUAUAAUACUUUAUCAAAAUACUCUUUUAAAUUAUUUUGUAUUAAUCCUAUUUUAUGGUCAGCAUUUUUUGUAGAAUUUUUGUUGUUGAUAAUUUUGUGUGUGAUUCAGCCUUAUGUAUGAUUAUUAUCCACAGAUUAAAAGAUAUACAUUGGAGAGAUUUAAUUCCAGUAACAAAAAUUGAAAUAACCUCUGUAAGCAUUUCAUUUGUAUUUUCACUUUUAAACCUCUUUGUGUAACAUUUGUGGAUUUUUUAAAAUUUAUAUCUGACUUAUUAAAAAUUAUGCUGUGACACUAUACGAGUCAUUGAGGGAGUUCUCAUCUGAUCAUGUCAUCAAAUGAAAAAUUUUUAGAAUUGGGCAAGUGAAAUGAACCCAACUGGAUAAAAAUUCCAGGUGCUAACAUUGAUGCCGUAGUGAAACAUUAAAAGAUUGUGUGCUAUAUUUUUAGGGAUUACAAAAAGAUUUUUUUUUAAAUGGCAUUUUUUUUUUCAAGCUCUCACUGCCCUAAUAAAUUCCUAGACAUUUAACUAAUGCAAAGAAAGGAUAAUUGGCUUAUGAAUAGUAUUUAUUUGAAAAAUAUCUGUGAAUCUUCAGGGUCGUUGGAUAUUUGGAAAUUACCUAAUGCCAUAUAGCUGUCUUCUAAAAUUUGACAAAUCCAACAUGGUGUACACAACAAAGCCUGCAUCUACAGUUUUUGAUCAAUUUAUGCACAUCCUCAAGUGUGACAUGGAGAAUGCCAGGAUCAUGCUUGUUCCUAGUCCCAAGUACAACGGCCCUGUACAAGAUGAGUAAGUUUUUUUUUUAGGUCAUUCUUAAUCAUAAAUCCAUCAAAGUCAACUUAAUUACAUUUUUUUUUCUUUUCAAUAUUAUCAAUUUGGUAUAUUAUAUAGUAUAUAAUAAUAAAGUUUUUGUUUCAACUUAGAUUUUUAAAUUAUUUUUUUCUUACUCGAAAUUUCAUUUAUUAUUUGCAAUACAUUUGCUCUAAAGGCCGCCACGCUUCAUGGGUGAAGGCUUUGUUGUCAUGCUCUCCAAUCAUGUAGAUAUCUACUAUUAUCAAGAUGAACCUGGUGAGUCCAACUACUGUUUUUAAAUUUUUGUUCUAAUUGCUACGCAGCUCAUCACUUCCUACUUUCAUUGUGUUUUAUAAAUUAGUAAUGAUGCUAAUAACAGAAAGGUUUUAAUAUAAUCUUUGGUUUUAGCUUAGAAUAAAGUUAUGGUUUCUUUUAAUAGAGAGAAAUGAGUAAUGUGAACUAUUGUAAAUAUCUUGUAGUGUAAUUUCCUUGAUUUAUAAAAUAGUUUAAAACAAUUGUACGAUAGGUUUAUAAAAAUAUAUUACAGAAAUUAAAUUGACUUUUAAUUGCAAGUACUCUUUGUAAGUCAAAAUAUCAAAUGAAAACAAACUAAAGUAGCUAUAAUUAAUAACAUUACUCAUACUGUUGGAAAGACCUUAAAUGUGCAUUUUGAUAAUUGUUUAAAAAAACAUACGCUAUUUUUAAAAAAAAUUCAGGCAUUGUUCAACAUGAACUAGAGCAAAUUCAGAUGGCGGAUGGGGAAGUUCUGAUCAAGAGGACAUAUCCUUGUAUUGGUGUGGACAUCAAAUGUGGCAAAAAUACAGAUUUCAACUAUGGGCCAUGGGUGGACAGACAAAGGUUACUAGUUAUUUUUGGACAUAGAUUUUAACUAUGGGCCGUAUGUGGGCCAACAAAGGUCUUUAGUUAUUGUUGGGCAUAGAUUUCAACUAUAGGUAGUCAGACAAAGGUCACUAGUUGUUAUUGGACAUAGAUUUCAAGUAUGGGCCAUGGGUGGACAAAGUUCUCUAGUUAUUGGACAUAGAUUUUAUCUAUGGACAGUUGGUGAACAUGAAAAGGUCUCUAGUUAUUAUUUCACGUUAUAUAUAAUCUAUUACCAUGUAUCUUAAAUUCGUAACUGUAAAAAUAUGUGUUUUGCUUUAUAAUUACUUGCUUAUUUCUCCCACUGGUGUUCAAAUAUUAAAAUGACUCAUGGCCAUAAUUCUUAAUAAAAUUCACCUGAAUGCUUUUCUUUCAGGGAACUUAUUUGGUCAUUUUUCUUCCCACCUGAUUACCAGCCAUUGGUCCCCACUAAAAGAGCAGAGCCAGGGGAGAAACGACAGUUCAAAUCACUGGAAGUCAAGAUGACCAUCAACGCUAUCUCAGCAAUUGAUAUUCUAUUCACCAAAAAUUCGGUAAGUUUUAAAAUUAUUUUUGUUUAAAUCUAAUUCUGUAGUUGCUUAGUAGCAAUUUGAUGGAAAACUUUGAAAUAAAAAAACCCCACUAUUACAAGUAAUAAUUUCACAAUGUUUUUAUGUGUAGAAUUUAUAAUUUAAGGAGUUCAUUGUUAUAUUUAUAUUUUUUUAUUGUUUUUAAAAAAAUAAUUUACUUUUUCCUCUAGAACAGGGGUGUCAAACUCAAGCCCUCUGUGCGCCAAAACUUAAAAUCACAUGUAAGGUUGCCGGCCAAAACUUAAAAUCACAUGUAAGGUUGCCGGCCAAAACUUAAAAUCACAUGUAAGGUUGCCGGCCAAAACUUAAAAUCACAUGUAAGGUUGCCACCAAAACUUAAAAUCACAUAUAAGGUUGCGGGCCAAAACUUAAAAUCACAUGUAAGGUUGCCGGCCAAAACUUAAAAUCACAUGUAAGGUUGCCGGCCAAAACUUAAAAUCACAUGUAAGGUUGCAGGCCAAAACUCAAAUCACAUGUAAGGUUGCCGGCCAAAACUUAAAAUCACAUGUAAGGUUGCAGGCCAAAACUCAAAUCACAUGUAAGGUUGCGGGCCAAAACUUAAAAUCACAUGUAAGGUUGCGGGCCAAAACUCAAAUCACAUGUAAGGUUGCCGGCCGAGCAGGAUAAACAUUCAAUAAGCGGAAAAUUAAUCUUUUUUUAAAAAACAUUUAUAUAAAUGAAAACAGAAAAAAAGCUUUAAUAAUUAAAAAUCAUUGGCAUACCCAUUUUUGUUGUUACGCCAAUUUGUCAGAGCUGGAUGUUUGGCACAUUUUCGUAGCUACAAAAACGAGAAAGUUCGUUUAUAUGUUGUGAGUAAUGUUCUGUGUCAUUGAGAUUCUCAUGAUGGACUGCAAGUCUUCAUCAGUGAGAUGACUCCUGUGUCAUGUUUUGUUAAUCUUGAUCACAGAAAACAGCUGCUCACACAUAUAUGUGCUACCCAACAUGCUCAAGGUUCGAGCCGCAUGUAGAUGAAGCUGGGGCAUCUCUUCAGGAAUGAAACGAGUGAACUGUGCAGGCCCAACUGUGUCCUACUUUGCCUUUAGUGUCCUAUUACACUGCAGCUCUAUUAGCUCCUUCUGCAAAUUUACAGGUGCAGUUUUCACGUCUAUGACAAAUGGGUUAUGAAAUGGCACAAAAUUACAUUUCUGUGAUUCAAAGUCACUAAAAUGCCAUGCAAACUCGGUGCGAAGUAAGCUAAGUUUUUCAGCAAUGUGUGCAUUGAGAAACACCAUAGCGUUGACUUGGAUAUAAUUGUACGCCGGUCAAACCUUGCUAGCCUGAUAUAAUUGUACGGUGGCCCACGAUGAACCGCAGGCCUUGAGUUUGGCACUUGUGCUCUAGAACAUAAAACAAGAUAUUUUUUAUUAAGAAAUUGUCCAUAAUCGCUAGAGGUAGAUAAUAGCUCUUUUCAUUUAAGAGUUUUUUUUAAAUACCCUUUUGAUUAAAUUUGAAAAUAAAUAAUUCUUCUUUGAUUGAUAGGUAACACAGGCCCUCCAUAUGAAUGCAGGGAAAGGUUCUUAUGUAGAAGUCACAAUACCUUACAUCAUAGAGGAAAAUGGGUUUAUAUCAAAGGUCAAAGGUCAGCUCAUGUUAGUGGAUGCAACAACUAGUAUGCCAUUCAGGUCACUUCUGGAAUGUGAAACUCUGGAGGUAAAGGAAUUCUUUAAGUAGCUUCAAGGCUAAAAUAUCAACAUUUCAUAAUUAAAUUGUAAUCUCUUAACAACUGUAAAGGAAAAUUUUAUGUUUAAAAAGUUUCUUAAAAUGAUUUUUAUUGAGUUAUUAUUAUAUAGAGUUAUUCUUAAACUGAGCUUAAAUAAUAUAGUUAUUUGAUGUUUACUUUCAGUUUGAUGUAACAGCCUCUUACCCAAAGGAGUGGAAUGCUUGUCAAGAAUGGAGAUGCGAUCUCACAGCCUGCAAGGCUUUGGUUUACCUCAUCUAUGAUCUUAAGCAGUUUUUCUCAGGUCUGAAAAUGUCUAGUCAACUUACAUCUCAUGCCAGAUUUUAAAUAAGUGUGUUAAAAAUGAGUUACUAAAACAUUAAAUUCCAGCUCAUUGUGUAGCUUGUAACCACCCUCUGUACCAGACAAAAUAGUGAGAAAAACAGGCGAGCUGAAAUGUGCACAUAUAAAGAGGACACAUGAAAAUGAAUAUUACUGAACAUAUUCACAAAUGACACCACAGUAAUAAAAAAUAAUUGAACCUUCAUCUUACUCAUGCCCCACAGAACACCAACCAAUUUGAAUGUUGACUAGUUUCAUUUCUCAACAUUUGAUUGAUAAAUUGUUCAGCAAAAAUUAAAAAAAAUAUUGUAAAAACUUAUAGCUCUUCAAAUACAUUAUUUGAUGGUAAUAGAAUUGAGAUGCAUCUAGUUUCAAAACUAAAUAAUAAGAAAAGCAAUCCUGAAAACUAAACUAAAAAUCAUUAGAAUAUUGACUCAUAGAUUCAGGGACAGACUAGCAUCACUUUUGUGGCCAAAGGGUUUGAUGGCAACAAUUACUCACCAAAAAAAACACAUCAUAAUUUUCCCUUGUGAAAUGUUUUUAAAAAAAAAAAAAAAAAAAAGAAAAAAGAAUUUGUUUUAAUUUUAUUUCUUCAAGUAUAUCUAGAAUGCAUUGAGUAAAGAUUAAAUUCAUCAAUUUAUAAUGAAGUAAAAACAAAACUAAAUUUUUUUCAAGGCGGCAUUGAGACUUCUUGAGAUUAUUUUUUUUUUGAAUGAAAAAAAAUGUAAUCUUGUUUGAAUUCUUUCACGAGUGUAAAGAUUCUUAGAUGCAUAUUUAUUUUGAUCACCACAGAUCUUGUGGGUGACUGGUCAUCAAAAUCAGCCCCAGACAUAUACAAAUUUGUUCCUUAUACUUGGACACUCAGUCUGAUCGUCAAACAGUUUGAAAUCCUUACAUUGGCUAAUGAAAACAACUGGGUUGACACCUCAUCACAACAUCAAGAAAACGGUUAGUUACUUGUGAUUUUUUUUUGUGACGGCUCAUAGUAUUAGGAAUGUUUUGGUUCUUCAAAUCAAACAACAGAAACAUGAAAGUGCUUCAGAGUUAGGAGUUAAACUUUUAAGUAGUCGAGAGCAUAUGUUCAAUGAGCGUUAACAUUCCUAUUUGCAGCUCACAUUGCCUUCUGUGGAGAGCUGUUUGAUCUCUGUGUCACCUUCCCAUUCACUGACUUUGUUCCUGCCACAACUCCCAUUAACCUGGUCAUCAAGGUAAUCACAUUCUGACCUCCUCAGCUUAAUAAUGCUUUCACUGAUUUGCUUUUGUUCUCAGAUUUUCUUUGUAUACACACAUUUAAAAUGAAAUAGUAAUCUUACAUCAGAGGGUCAUCUUACUUUAGAGGGUCAUCUUACUUUAGAGAGUGUCAUGAUUUAAAAUUAACCUACUUUUGUUGUUCAUGUUACUACUUUGAUCUGAAACUUCCAUGAUUAUUUAAAUUUAAAAUGAUUUCAACCCAAAAUAAAUAACCUCUAGGAAUGGUUGCAUCUCAAGAUCAACAUUGCAAAGAAAAUUUACCAAAGCAGCAAAUGCAAAUUUUAAACUAAGAUAAUUAUUAUUAUUAUUAGUGGUCUUGUAUAGCGCGGAACCCCAGCCUAGGGCUGGGCUCACCGCGCUGUGCAUAAAAAUAUUAGCAAAAGAGACAUAAUCGUGACAUUAAAAUAAAAUACAUUUAUGUAAUGAAGAACAUCUGCUUAACAACAAAACAAAAACAAAUGUAUAUCAAGCAUAAUAAUAAAAAACCUCACUAAGUUACUGAUAAGAUAGGACAGAUUUGAGCAUUAAGUUUUGACCUGCUAUAUUUGUGCUGCUAUUUCCAUAAUCAAGUUUUAAACAGUUACUUAAAGCAUGGAGUUUUCUGCUUCCCAAUUUCACCACACAUAUUUAAGUAAUAUUAAUUAAUUUAAGUUUCAUAAAAGUUAAUACACCUGUGUGUUACAGGGUGAAACAGUCUUUUGCCGUCUGUACCUGCCAGAAAGUAACACAAUGAGACAUGCUCUGAUAGCCAUGUCUGAAAACAUUAGAAUCGUGGACAGAGAAGGUCAUGAAACGGGAGAAACUUUCUUGGCAAGUAACAACAAAGAAUGGAGAAAUGCCACCUUAAAAAGGUAAUAUUUUCAAGGCAUUCUUGGCUUAUCAUAACAGUGACACAAACAUUGAAUCCAAAGCUUGGCCCAACCUUGGUGUGCCACAUCUGAAAAUAAAUAAGAAACUUGUUCAUAUUUCUGUUUCAAAGCUAAAAAGAAAAAGUUAACAAUUUUUUUAAGGGAUAUGAGUCUGAUGACAAUUGAAUGUUGGAUUUAAGCAGUUGCUUCUGCAAUUAAAAAAUGAAAGUACAUUUUUCCUACUUAUUUUGACUGCAAGCCUCAUCCUCAUUAGAAUUACACGUAGAAACAAACUAGAAAAUUUGAAUUGUAUAGGCUGGCUAGAGAAGUCAGAGGCUGGUUAGUGCAGUCAGAGGCAGGUUAAUGAAGUCAGAGGCUGGUUAGUGAAGUCAGUGGGUCUUCAAGUUCAUAUGACGGGGUCAUUUUAUAAGAUCCACUUAUUCCGAUUUUGUUUAUGAACAAGGGAGAACAGUGUUGCUAAAAUUGCAUUAUUUAAAGUAAAUCUGCUAGUAAAAAAGUAAGAUAAAAGUUUUGACCUGAAAAAAAAACUAAUUUUUAUGUUGUUUUUUUCUUAUGCUCAGCAAUGGUUGGGUGGACUGCUGGACCACACCCUAUGUUUUCCUGACCGUGACCUACACUUACUAUCCCAUGCCAGUGUUGCUGUCCCAGACUCCCACAGACCACAUAGCCCACUACAGUCUUACUGGAGAUUUCAUGGAAGAAGAGGCCAACCUCUUCCUGCAGCCAGGAACAUCUCAUCAAGGAAACAACACCACGGGUCAUGACAGACCAUUUGACCCAGGAGAAAUGAAGCCUGACCUUAUCCAGGUGGAGCUGGAGGUAGCACCAUCCACUUUGGUCUUGUAUGGCUCUCUUUUGAGGAAUUUGAUCCAUCUAAAGGUAACUUUGAUGCAAAGCAAUAAUUUCCUAGCCAUAUGAUACAAAAGCUAGUGUAAGAAAAAAAUAAUUUCUACAAAGACAAUGUGUAAUAUUAACACUGAAAAAUACAGCUCACAUUUAAAAUAGUUUUUAGAUUUGUUUUAGCAUUUUUUCAAUUUUUAUUUUUUUUCUCUGUACAUGUUACUGUUAGUAGUUACCAGUCUUCAUAGAAUUAAUAAGUUUACUUAAGAAGUUUUUUUUUAGCGAACAUGUAUCACUGUUUUUUCUGAUCCUUCAAGUAAAUACAUGUAUUGUAGUUUUUGUUUUGCAAUCUACAAUUUGAAGUGUGAACCAUUUAAAAAAAAAUCAUAUAAUUUAAUGUGUUGCUCUAUUUAAUUUCUCAACAUCAUGCAGGAAAACUAUUUAGGUGAGUUCCAGAAGGCUACAGACUUUGAAGAAAACCCCAAUAAAAUGAAGGAUGUGGAGUCCAGCUAUGUCCAUGUAGAUAAUCCAGAUAAUGAUGAGAAAACAUUUGAUGCCAGGAUCUAUCGUCCAUUCUCUGUGACAGUUUCAGUGACACUGCAUGACAUUCAGGCACAUUUAGCCAAAGUAAGUCAAUUUCUUAAGUCCCAGGCUACGACAUCUUUAGAAUGAUGACAGUCCCAGUAUAAUUUAUUUACUGAAUUUUCUUCUUUUUUUUUUUUUUUUAAAAGGGGGAAUAACUCACUGUUCUGCUCAUAAAAAAAGUAUUUAUAUCACUGCAAUUUUUAAAAUCUCCAAAAAGUCAUGAAAAAUAUUCUGUUGGAAGAAAGUCAGUUUCUUCAUUCAUCUCUUGUUAUAAAAAGGGGAGGGGGAAAAAAUAUUGGAAACUUACCAUUUUUUUUUUAAUUGACUUGCAUUAUUUGCAAAGACAUUUCACAAUUCUAUAGAGAAAACCCUUGAGGCUGUCUGAUACAGAAUGUACUAAUUCAAUUAUCUUUCUUCAACAAAUGUAGAACUGCAAUUUUGAUGAUCAGCCAUGUCCUAGUGCCUAUGUGGAGAGACUUUGUUUUGAAAUGGACAAGUCAUUUAGAGAGACCAAACUUCAACUGCUCUUAUCACCUUGUGUAUUGUUAGCUAAGGAUGGAAUUGUGGUAAGUAAAAUAUGUUUGAUACUUUCAAUUUUUUUCUUUACUCUCUAGUUCAACGGUGCUUAAAUAUUCCAUAGAAAAAAUUGGAUUUGCAUUAAAUCAGUCUAAGAAAUGUGUGAUUAUAAAAUGUUAGUCUAAAUAUUCUAAAUGUUCAGGGUGUCCCUGACGCCUGGACAAGGUCACAAUGCAUAUUUUCAAAUAAAUUAUUUCAACAACAUUUGAUAUCUUUACUUCAUAACGUUUUCAAUGGUAUUUCCACCAUUUGUGAUCCAAAGUUCUAUGUGCUUUGCAAGAUUCACAUGUACCCGAUGCAGCAACUCCACGCUUCCAUCAAAUUCAGCAAAUCCUAUGUGUCCAGUCUUUAGGGACACCCUGUAUAUAUUUUAAUAUUUAUGUUUUAUUUAAUUUGGGUAAUUUUCUGCUGGAUAUGUAUCUGUUGUGGCAUUUUUUUUUGCACAAAAAUAUUAUCACAGCUGUUGGAUCAAAAAUGAGAUCAAAGCUGUUUGAUCAAAGAUGUUAACACAGCUGUUUUAUAAAAAAAUGAUAUCACAGCUGUGUGAUCAAAAAUGCUAUAACUAUUUGAUAAAAGAUCAUAUCACAGUUGUUUCACCAAAAAUCAUAUCACAGUUGUUUUAUAAAAAAUAUCACAGCUUUUUUACCAAAAUUGAUAUUACAUGUGUUUUAUCAAAAAUUAUAUCACAGUUGUUUGAUUAAACACUUUUCAGAGAGAUUCAGAUCAAGACCACCUGAAAGAUGGACAUUUAGCAUUGUCUGGACUCCAGGUGCGUGGCCAUGCCAUGUUCUCUCUUGAAGGUCUUCCCUUGGAUAGUGAAACAAUUGAGUAUGGAUGGCUGCUGGAGAUCAUCAUUGGGGAACUAACUGGCAAACUGACAACACCUCAGGUAAUGUCCAAUAUAAAGUGAUAAUUAAUAUCUCAACAGACAAAUUGAGAUCUUGUCUCAAGAAAUAUGUACGUGAUACUUUGUCUCAUGUAACAUAUGUUUGCUUCUUUGUCUAAUAUCAAUGAUAGAAAAUACUUUGUCUCAUUUAAUGCAUUUUGCAAAAUGAAAUAUUGAUCAUGUAUGAGCUGAGUAUAUAAAGAAAUCAUUCAUUUUUCUUAAAUUUCUUGGGUAAAUUCUUUAAAUGUUGCAAAACCUUUGUUAGACUAAAAGAAACAGUUGGUUGUGCUAUGUAAAUAUAUUGAAGUUUAAUCAUCUUAAGUUGGCUGAUAAAUUGAGCAAGAGUUUUUUUAACUUGAAUUAAAGUUAGAACUUUUUACAAUAAUUGUUAAAAUUUCUUAUUUCCCUUACAGCUCCAAAACAUAGCAGAAUUUCUUCAGACCUUUAUAAUGAUGAUUGAGAAUGCAGAAAACAAACUGCAGACUUCUCAGACACACACAAAAUGUCAGCACAUGGAACCGCAGGACUCGUGCUAUGAGUCAAAGAACUUGCCCUUUCUGUGUCCAAGUUCAGAGGAUGUCAAAUAUGAAAUGACUAGGGUCUCUGUGGAUUUUGUUAACAUUUUCCUGGUGGAGUCUUACUCGGCACUCAAUGUUCAGGUACUGACAUUAUUACCUCCCAUAAUCAGAACAUCCCAUGUUCAAGUACUGACAUUAUUACCUCCCAUAAUAAGAACACUCCGAUGUUGGAGUACUGACAUUAUUACCUCCAAUCAUAAGAAAACUCCCAUCUUCAUUUGCUGACAUUACUACUCCCAUAAUAAGAACACUUCCAUGUUCAAUUGCAGACAUUAUUACCUCCCAUCAUAAGAACUUUCAUUACUUAUUAACAGAUAAUUAGAUAUUAACAGAUUAUUAGCGUCGUCUGCAAACUGUUGGAGCACAUAAUCGUAAGCACUGUCAUGAAGCAUCUUGAAAGCCAAAAUAUACUCAAUGACUGUCAACAUGGCUUCCGAGUCAAUAGAUCAUGUGAGACCCAGCUUCUCGAAUUUGUAGAAGACUUGAUGACCAAUCUGGAGAACCACAAGCAGACUGACGUGCUAGUAAUGGACUUCGCAAAAGCAUUUGACCGGGUGAAUCAUAGUUUGCUUCUACACAAACUCCAGAUAUAUGGGAUUCAAGGCACCACUAAAACAUGGAUCUCUAGCUUCCUCAGCCACCGACGCCAAGCAGUAGUGGUGGGCGGUACAAGCUCCUCCUUUGUCAAUGUGAAGUCAGGGGUCCCCCAGGGAUCAGUCCUGGGCCCCUGUUUGUUCCUAGCAUACAUUAAUGACCUACCGGAGAAACUGACAUCACAGGCAAGACUGUUUGCAGAUGACACAGCAGUGUAUAGGACGAUCGCCAACAGAUCUGACCAGGACCAGCUACAACAGGAUCUCAAUCUGUUAGCUGAGUGGGAGAUGAGCUGGGACAUGGAAUUUCACCCUGCCAAGUGCCAGACACUAUCAAUCUCUAGAAGUUGUACUCCUCUACACUACCAAUACAAACUGCACGGCCAUAUUCUUGAGCAAGUUUCCUCCGUAAAGUACCUGGGUGUUACCAUUCAAAGAGAGGUCCGCUGGGACGAGCAUAUUAACAAUGUAUGUAACCAAGCAAACCAAGCCUUGGGGUUCUUAAGGCGAAAUCUAAAGAUUGGCAACUCCUGUGUGAAAGAAAGAGCAUAUAAAGCCUUUAUCCGUCCGAUUUUAGAUUAUGCAUCUUCAGUCUGGGACCCAUUUACCCAGAAGAGCAUUGACAGGUUGGAGGCGGUCCAGCGACGAGCAGCACGCUUUGUCCUAAACCGCUACAGGAAUACCUCUAGUGUUGGCAGCAUGCUAGAAACACUAGGCUGGUCACCAUUGGAGAAACGACGACGACAAUCCAGGCUCUCCAUGAUGUACAAGAUAAAUAAUGGGCUGGUCCACUGUUCCAGUAUUAAACAGAAACUCGUCCCUCUCCCCCAUAGACAGCGACGAGGCCAUGACAGGCAAUUCAGGCUCAUACCAGCAAGAAGCCAGUAUAGGAGCAGCUCAUUCCUGCCCAAGACAAUCAGGGACUGGAACCAUCUUUCAAAAGGAACAGUUGAGGCGACAACACUAGACACAUUUGUGUUUAUUCAUUUGUGUCUAUUGCCUCAAGCCUUCAAACCCCUAGUGCAUAAUUUCCUCAUCACCACCAGUAACAGAAACAUUGCAAAUCCCAUCUACAUGCAUAGGAGCCAAAAUGAUCAAUAAAUUGAUCGUGGGCCCUUAAGAUAUAGAAGAAGAAGAAGAAGAUAAGUUCAUGUUUUUCUGUAACCAAUCGUGCAGAUCCAAUGUAUUACAUUUUCUUUCCUUCAGGCAUAAAGCUAUCAAGGCCAUUGUUCCCCUUUCAGUUUUAGUUAUCUUUAAAACCAUAUUGCCCAUGAUAAAGUUUCAAAUGUCAACCUGUUUAGGAGUUAUAAUCUGUAAUUGAAUAUCAUUGUCAGAGCAAUAAUAAUGAAUUAAUAUUUUUCAUCUUGGCUCAUUUCUUUGUUAUGGCAUGGGUGGCAGUUAACUGUUUGAAUGUCAUCACAUGGGUGGCAGUUAACUGAAUGUCAUCACAUGGGUGGCAGUUAACUGAAUGACAUCACAUGGGUGGCAGUUAACUGAAUGUCAUCACAUGGGUGGCAGUUAACUGUUUGAAUGUCAUCAACAGGUUCACCCUGUUCGCAUUGCCAACUGUAACCUUCAUGGUCCCAGCACACGAGCAGGUAUAACAGGUAUGAUUGAAAAGGUAGAGCUGAAGCAGUAUGUGUCCUGCAUGUCAUCCAAGCACAAUCUUCACAACUGGCUGGAAGCAGGGGGCCUGAGCCUGGGGCCACUUAUGUUAGAAGCUGCCAUGGCUUUAGCUCACAACCAGCUAUAUCAGGUACUUGGACCUAAACAUUUAAAAAAAUGUUUUUAUUUUUAUUUUUCUUGUGAAUGGUGGGGGUAGGGGGGUAGUGGACUUAUACUAGGUGGGGUCUAGUACACUUGCACUAAGUGGGGUUAGUACACUUGUACUAGGUGGGGUUAGUACACUUGUACUAGGUGGGGUUAGUACACUUGUACUAGGUGGGGUUAGUACACUUGUACUAGGUGGGGUUUAGUACACUUGUACUAAGUGGGGUUAGUACACUUGUACUAGAUGGGGUUUAGUACACUUAUACUGACUUGUUUUUAGGUUUAAUACACUUGUACUAGGUGGGGUUUAGUACACUUAUACUAGGUCAUUGUACAGAACAAAAAGUGGCAACUCUUGUGGAUACUUAAAUGUUAUUAGUAUUGAUUUUGUUUACAGCCAAUGUUUCUUCUGUGAUACAACAGCCUGGGUCAGAGCCAUCUAUGGGUGAAAUUUGGCACAACUGCCUGCCUCUUUAUGAAAUGUUGUGGGUUGGAAUUUUGACAUGGGUCAGACCCAGCUAUGGGUAAAAAAAACAGGUGAAAGGAACUCAUUAUCCAAAUUGCGCAAAUAUUCUUGAGGAAAGGAUAAACCCUCAUUAAUAAGAAACCUCAAAAUACAAAGUUGGGAGACAGCAGCCAACUUGGCGUGAGAGUAAAGCUUGUCUGUCUAUAAAUAAACCAAACAAAAUGGAGAAGAAAUCAGCAGUGUACUUGUGAUGCACCUCGAACAAGUGUCCGUGUCUGUAAUUAAUGUUGAGCAGAUUUUAAUUAAAAAAAUUUUUGAUUUCCCUUCAAAUAAAAUAUUUACAUAUUUUUCCUCAGAACCAAAACAAGUUUUUAAGACUUCAUGACGCCAAGACCAAACGCUUGUGGUUCUUGUGGAACGACUGUGAGACCCCAUCUCCACCCCCGCCUUCUGUUAGCGGCAAAUGUGGAUGCCUCGGAGGAUGUGCAUUUUUUGGCAAAAACAAGAAUGGCUUAUCUUUCUUCAAACUAAAGCGACAAAGGGAAGGGACUCAUUUUGUUGCAAUACCUCAGGUAAGUAAUCCAUAACAUUUAGUAAUGUAAAAGAAAAAAUUAAAAAAAUCUUCAUAAAACUACUCAAGAAAAUUAUGCAGCCCAUACUAAAUGUAGAUGUCUGCCUUGCGUUAAGAUUUGUCAAGAUGGCAGCGACCCAGGGUUUGGACAAAGCUUAUUGCAUGCUGGCAAGCUUGUGUUUGAGACCAGCCAGUUGGCACUGCGGAUGUCACCUGUCAAAACUUGCGGGGACAUCAAUGGAUUCUCCUUUACCAGGGGAUACAUGAGUGAGCUGGCCAGCCCUACUGGCGAUGAACAAGGUUUUUACUCUUUUUUAAAAUAGACCUAUUUGAAUGGUUUUCCUACGCGAUAUAACUUCAUUUGUUAACUGUUUACUUAUUUGAAAGGGCAUAAAUCUUUUGAUUUUUUUACGACCCGCAAAAAAAGGAUUAUAAAAUUAUUUUGCAAUUGUGAGUUCAUAUUAAGAAAUCUGAAAGCCUACUUGUACAUAUUUGACUUAGUUUGUGAAGUAAGCUUUUAUAUUUAUUUUAAUGUCUCAAAAAGAAAAAAAAAAGGGGGGGGGGAGGGAUAGAAAAUGUAAUACAUAUGUUGCUUUAAAGCCUUAAUGACUUUUUAAUCAGAUGGUCCUCAUGAAACAUAUUAAGAAAUCUGAAAGCCUACUUGUACAUAUUUGACUUAGUUUGUGAAGUAAGCUUUUAUAUUUAUUUUAAUGUCUCAAAAAGAAAAAAAAAGGGGGGGGGGAGGGAUAGAAAAUGUAAUACAUAUGUUGCUUUAAAGCCUUAAUGACUUUUUAAUCAGAUGGUCCUCAUGAUACUCCUUUGGAUGACAUGCGACCUAAAUCAACCUUUAGUGACACUCAGAUGCUGUUGGCUGGCAGCAGGCUCGGAGAAGCAAGGCGUUUCAGCAAAGAAAGUUUACUGACAAGACAAAGUUCAUUGCCCUCAGCAGAUAAGAUAGGAGCAGCUCCUCAGCCCCAGCCUGGUGUUGGUAAGGCAACUGAAUCAUCUUAGGUAUAUGUCACGGCCUUUGGUUUUUAUGGGCCAGCGGGGGAAUAUUGUCUCCUACAGGCGAGAAAAGACAUAAUUUAUAAUGAACAUUUUAUUUUUGAUGUAACAUAAUUUUUCUAUUUUGUGUUACGCUGUUUAGAAAUUAUUUUUGUCUUAUUCAUGUCUCUAAGUAUAUUUCUUGUAAUUUGGUCAUUCUUAAGUAUAUUGCAUAAUAAUACAUAAUUUUCAAUCAUAAAGCCAGAAAUUUGUGUCUGCAAACUCUAGUGUUGCUACCUAACUUAUAAAGGACUAGAAAAUGUUAAACUAUUUAAAUAACGGCAUGUAUCAUUAAUAUGACAUGAUCUUGUUCUCAAUAAUUUUAUUACAGAAAUCAGGAAAAGCUCAAAGAAAAAGAGAAGGUCCCACAUGACCCACUCCAACCAGGCAAGUCCUUCGGUCAGCAAACCUGGCAAAUUCACAGCCUCCGACAUGUCCUCAUCCAUGGGCAGCCACAUGCAGACCAGUCAGAACAGCCCACUGUCUCCACCAAGCCUGAGGAGGCUCAUGUCUAAGGCCAGCAUGGAGAGUGACAUUUACUACACAGCCGAUGAAUCUGACCCAGAUGAUGGGAACACCACGCUGACAUGGGACAGUGCCAACAAGAUUCCAUACUCAGGUCAGACUUGUUCAUCAGUGGGGCAUGGGAAGUAUACCUUGUCAGUUAUCAGUAGAAAACUCAUUGUCAGGCUCAUUUUCAGCAUCAGCUAUGUAGCUCAUUUUUCAUAGGGCCAGCCAUUUAUUAUGAAUCAAUUAUAUAUUCACCUUCAUUUACUAAACCCAGAUGGCAGUGCUCUCCUAAAAUAUGUAUGAUAUAUAAACAGAUGUUAACGUCAUAAAGACUUAUUGCAGGGGCAGGUCUUGAUGACAAUACACACCCUAAAAGGUUUAACGGAAAUUAGUAAGAAACAGAUUUGAUCAAAACCAAUUUUUACAAAGGAAUUUUGUUCAAAAUGAAAUUUUCACAUUUCUGAAUUUAAAACAAAUUUUUGAAAGUGAAAAGUGGAGAAAAUGUUAACUUUUUUUUUUAGAACAUUUAUUUUCUGUUGUUUUUUCCAUUAUUUCCGCUUGAACAAACUUCCAUUCAAACUAGCUUCCAAUCGAACUAACUUCCGCUCCACCAACAUUCCUUCAUACUAAUGGGUUUCCUCUAAUUUCUGGCUAUGCCACCUAAUAACAUGUGUGAUAUAAGACAGAUGUAAAGCUGAUCAAGGCUAAUCACCAGGAAAGGUCUUGGUUUCAAUUUCAGAUGAAGAAAGCUGCCCCAGCACCAUCAAGCGUGUCUCGCACCACAGUAAACUUGCUGGCACCAAGCUGAGACAGAACAAGCUCAAGCAGGACAGCAGUGAGUUUGUCUCGGCCAACUCCAGUGUGUCCUCCAUAGCCAGCACGCUGUCCUACUGCUCGGCCACUUCGGACAAUGAUUCAGAUCUCUUGGAUUCUCAAGCCGAUCCAGAGGAGCUCAUUGACAUGAUCAACCUGCACAGCCACAUGAACCUCCCCAUCACCGAGUCCCCACUGCUGCUGUCAUGUUACUCUCAGCAUCUGUCACAUUACUACUGUCAGGUCAGUUUUACACCUGUCCUGGCAUGUGUCACGCUACUACUGUCAGGUCAGUUUUACACCUGUCCCCGCAUGUGUCACAUUACUACUGUCAGGUCAGUUUUACACCUGUCCCGGCAUGUGUCACUGUACUACUGUCAGGUCAGUUUUACACCUGUCCCGGAAUGUGUCACAUUACUACUGUCAGGUCAAUUUUAAACCUGUCAUAGCAUAUGUCUUAUUAUUACUACCAGGUCAGUUCUGCAGAAAACUUUCAUAAAUAUUUUUAUAUUUAUUUAUUUAUUUAUUUAGGCAUUUUUAUAUAGCGCUUAUCAUAAAGCUCUAAGCGCUUUACAAUUAUUAAAACAUGUAAACUAAGUAAAAUAAAAAUGAGACAUUAGGAUAGUAACUACUAUUCUAUAGAAACAAUGAAAAUGGCUAUAAAAAGAGGACACUUUGACACUUCAGGAUUAAACCGAAACAGAAAAUUAGGUAGGGCAAGGAGGGUGCAUCACAGGUCAUAGGCGGACCUAAACAGAUGAGUUUUAAGGGACUUUUUGAAAAUGGACGAGGUUUCACUAUGACGUAUAUGGAAGGGGAGCUGGUUCCAGAACGUGGGCCCAUGGAAGCAGAAGGAGCGUUCACCGAUGGUCUUAGUUUUAGUUCUUGGGAUUGAGAGGGUUCUACUGUCAAUGGAAGAACGUAGUUGUCUUGUGGGGAUGUAAGGAAGCAACAGUUCAGAGAGAUAGACAGGAAAGUGAGGGUCAGUGAACGAGUUGAAGCAAAGAUUGGCAGACUUGUAUUUGAUGCGAGAGGAUAUUGGAAGCCAGUGGAGUUGCCGCAUGUGUGGUUGAAUGUGGUCAUAUAUCACAUUUAUCAAAGAAUGUGCAGGGAAAUUUAUGGUCCUCUAACUCCUCAGACCAGUCCAUGGUUUCAAGUCAUCAGUCUUCUUAUGCAGCCAAUGCAGGGCAGCUUACAUCAGUUCCUGACUGUGGUCCACAUGACCUGACUCACCGCUGACACAUUUUGACUGACUAUGUAGUCUAAUAUGACUGACUAAACCUAAUAUUAUCUGUUGAUAUAUGCUGUAAAUGUAGUCUACUAUGACUGGCUAAAGCCUCAUUAUCUGUUGAUAUAUGCUGUAAAUGUAGUCUACUAUGACUGGCUAAAACCUCAUAUUAUCUGUUGAUAUAUACUGUAAAUGUAGUCUACUAUGACUGGCUAAAGCCUCAUUAUCUGUUGAUAUAUGCUGUAAAUGUAGUCUACUAUGACUGGCUAAAACCUCAUAUUAUCUGUUGAUAUAUGCUGUAAAUGUAGUCUACUAUGACUGGCUAAAGCCUAAUAUUAUCUGUUGAUAUAUACUGUAAGUGUAGUCUACUAUGACUGGCUAACGCCUAAUAUUAUCUGUUGAUGUAUACUGUAAAUGUAGUCUACUAUGACUGGCUAAAGCCUAAUAUUAUCUGUUGAUAUAUACUGGCUAAUGCCUCAUUAUCUGUUGAUAUAUUCUGUAAAUGUAGUCUACUAUGACUGGCUAAAACCUUAUAUUAUCUGUUGAUGUCUAGAUUAAAGCCUUUUAUUAUCUGUUAGCUUAACAUGCCAAAAUUUUUUAUCAAUGUUGUAGGACUGGAUCUCCAGUGCUCCAUGGUCAGCCGUCUACGCCAGUCGUCUCCAUGGUCUCAACUCUGUCCAGUCUGAGUAUUCCCUCUCAUCUGCCGGACAUUCCAUCUACAGCGCUGGUGUGGCAUGGACUCCACAUUUCUACAAAGUCAAAGAUGGUUUCAGUGUGAACGUCAUGAAGCCCAGGCCAGACAUCAAGGUACUGACCACCUCAGCAACUUGUGCUUGAUUUUCUUUAUUUCUUCUUGUUGUUGUUUUUAUCAUGUUUUGUGUGUGUGUGUUUAACUAACCAUUUUAACGGAUGGGUUUUUGUUGUUUUUAUCAUGUUUUGUGUGUGUGUUUAACUAACCAUUUUAACGGAUGGGUUUUUGUUGUUUUUAUCAUGUUUUGUGUGUGUGUUUAACUAACCAUUUUAACGGAUGGGUUUUUGUUGUUUUUAUCAUGUUUUGUGUGUGUGUUUAACUAACCAUUUUAACGGAUGGGUUUUUGUUGUUUUUAUCAUGUUUUGUGUGUGUGUUUAACUAACCAUUUUAACGGAUGGGUUUUUGUUGUUUUUAUCAUGUUUUGUGUGUGUGUUUAACUAACCAUUUUAACGGAUGGGUUUUGACUUUAAAAAUUUUUUAAAAAAAUGUUAUCAGUGAUAAAAUAUAAUGUAAGUUUCUAACAUUAACAUCGUAUGGAUCUGGGGAAGACUGAUUUCUUAGUCUUUUAUGUGAACUUUGUCCCCAUUCUAGCUUUGAAAUAACUUAUUUGUUAUUUAACCCAUUUUGAACAUUUGUCUGUAAUGUGCCACUAAUUAGAUUGUUUGAACUCGGCAGAAUAUCUAUAAUCUAAACUCGGCAAAAUAUCUAUAAUGUGCCACUAAUUAGAUUGUCUAAACUCAGCAGAAAACAUCUCCUGCGAACGUAGCUGCAGAAUUUGUCUGUAAUGUCCCACUAAUUAGAUUGUCUAAACUCAGCAGAAAACAUCUCCUGUGAACAUAGCUGCAGAGUUGUUCAAUAUAAAAGCAACCCUGGACAGAGAACACAGGAAACAACAGACACUUUCAGAAGAAGGUAACCUCCCCUUGACACUCAACAUUUAGCACUUGUGAAUGCUGCCUGUCCAUACAAUAGCUCUUAGUAAUAAUAUCAUUUUAAGCUGUCUUUAUCAAAACUUGGCAUUUUCCAAGUCUCUGGUAAAUAACACAAGUACUAAGAAGCUUAUCCCACCAGUUUUCUGAUUUUUUUUUUUUGCCCAUUAGUGAAACAGAAUUAUUCUAGACGAAUGAGCACUAUAUUUAAAUAUUUGAUUGUAUAACACGGCAUCAAGACUGUCCGAAGGGGCUUGAUAAACUUACCAGAUAUGACAGGUACUUUGAACAUUGAUUACAGCCAUGUCCCCACUUUUAUUUCCUUGUCAGAUGAAGGUAAAGAAGGUCCAGUUGAGAACAUUUCCAAAACCACAGCUGUGGUGCAACUGUCUGGAUCUCUUGAUGUCCUCAUGACCCCGUUGCUUCUGGAGGCAUUACAGAGGUGAACUUAACAUACUAUCAAAUAAUGCACUCUUCUGCCAUAGCAUUAUGUGGUCCAGUGGCGUAGCGAGGCAAGUGCGGGGGGUGCGGACCGCACCGGGUGACACCAUUUUAGGGGUGACACCCGAUUGAAAAAUUGCAUAUUUACAGGGCACACAUUGCUCGCAAAAAUCGAGAUUCAUAAAAGAAUAACCGAUCACACAUAUAUUUUUCACAAAUUUAACCAAUCCAAAUGCGUGCUUUAUUAAAAGUUCAAGGUUGAUGCUAUACUGUGGACUUAUUUUAACAAGAAAAAAUCGAUCAUACAAGUUUGGGGGUGGGGGGGNUGGGGGGGGGGGGGUGGUGACACCAUGAGUUUACCGCACCGGGUGACACAACCCUAGCUACGCCACUGAUGUGGUCUUAUAUUUGAAAGGCAUAGAUUUAGAAUUGCACCCAAUAGGAUUGAUUCAUUCAGAAUGUGUAAGAAAAUGACUCUGAGAGAGAACAUUAAAACUAUUAAAAACUUUGACUAGAAUUAAAGAAAUAAAACAUGAGACUUGUUAAAAUUUCUGUCACAUUAAAACCUUGAGCUGUUGGUGCAUUUUUUAACUCAUGAGAUGUUAUUACAUUAUGCAUAACAAGUAAUAAGGUUGGGGGGGGGGGUGAUGUCUUGGUGUCGGAAGGUCAAUUCAGACGGCCGGGGUUCGAAUCCUGGUCGCUUCAUGGACAUUGGCCUUUUGGCCUUUAUUCUUACCGAGAAAUUAAACGCAAUGAAGAAUUGGAUGGUUUUAUUUAACAAACAAACUUUUAAUGUCACCUCCUUGCUCUUGGGACCUCUGCCUGAAACUGUACAUUUGGUUGUCAUGGUAAUUGAAUUUAAAAGAGAAUCACACAAGACUUAUGAAAUUAAAUUUGUUUAAUCUCUAAUUCUUUUUUUGACUGUCCAGGUAUGUUGAGGCUGUGACACCCACCCUCUCCAAACUCCACCCGUCCUCUUUGAUUGAUGGGCUUCACAGCCAAUGCCUCGACAGGCUAAAGCAGCAGAACAAGCUGAAGAAAGGGAAAGGAAUUGAUGAGAACAAAUCAGAAGAAUCCACUGACAACUUGUCAACCAGCAAAGAUGUGACCCCAGCUAAAACAUCCUCUCUCCAGGCUCUCUUCACCUUACCCAAGGUUUGAUGUUACGCUUGUUACAAACCCGUUCUUACCAAAGGUUGGAUGGCUUCGUUUGUUUAGGGGUUAUUAUAUUAACUAGACAAACCCUUGAUUAUUAUAAUAAAGUAUCUCUAUUAACCAAAUUGCAUCGUCAACUGCCAUUACUCAAUCACAACAAUAAUACGCCAUUUCCCCUUACGCACAAUACGUCACAAAAAACCAAACAUUUAACAUCAACAUCUACGCUAAUACUCUCCGAACAACACGCCAUCACAAUAAACAUUCGAGUCCUUAACACUUGUUUUAUUCUAUGAGGAAAUAGAAACUUAACAUAAGUAAACAAACAUGAAAUGAUUGCACAAAUUAAACAACUCCUAACAACAAAGUUUUUCCUAUACAUCCUUUAUAACAUGUCAUAUUGAGCAAUGAGAGGUGGGGCUGAAAAUUUGACAAAACAUGCAUACAAGUAACGCACUUUAUAACAUGUCAUAUUGAGCAAUGAGAGGUGGGGCUGAACAUUGGACAAAACAUGCAUACAAGUAACGCACUUUAUAACAUGUCAUAUUGAGCAAUGAGAGGUGGGGCUGAACAUUGGACAAAACAUGCAUACAAGUAACCCACUUUAUAACAUGUCAUAUUGAGCAAUGAGAGGUGGGGCUGAACAUUGGACAAAACAUGCAUACAAGUAACGCACUUUAUAACAUGUCAUAUUGAGCAAUGAGAGGUGGGGCUGAAAAUUGGACAAAACAUGCAUACAAGUAACGCACUUUAUAACAUGUCAUAUUGAGCAAUCGAGGUGGGGCUGAACAUUGGACAAAACAUGCAUACAAGUAACACACUUUAUAAGAAUCCUAAACCGCACAUUUUUUUCAUGCCGAUGAACUAUAUCAAUAUUCUAAUGACCCACCCGCUUUUACACUGCAGAUUUAUUUCGUCAACUAUUUCAGAAAAUCAAAAGAAAAUAUUAUGCACCAAACGCACUUGCAAUUUUUUUUUGACGCAGUUAACAGGAAUUUUAUUUUGUGAAAUCAGUGUCAUCAUAUUUCCUUCAUCAUCCCCUUGAAAUACAGGAAAACCAUUUUUGGGGGUUGGGGCUGAAAAUUUGAUCGAAUAUGUUGUCACCGGCAAUGAGUCUAUGUGCCAAGUUUCAGCUUUGAUAGGCUGAUGGCAGGUGGGUCAAUUAGCCGUCUAAAUAUUUUGCCAGCCAGCCACAUACAAAAGGGGAGCUAAUAUAAAGGAUUUAAUAAAGAGUGUGCAUGAUCAGCAGACGAUUUCUUCCUGUAUCACAGGAUAGUGAAGGACUGCGUCCAAACUGUGGGAAGGAAGUAGUGGAACAAGGUCUGUGGGAGCUUGAACUAUAAAGACAGGACAAUACAAUGAGAAACAUUCUAUUUUUUUUGUCCUGUCUUUAUAGUUGAAGCUUCCACAUACCUUGUUCCACUAUUUCCUUCUGUAUCACUCUAGUGAAUGCCCCCAGUCAUUAUUUAUAACUCCAUGACUUGAUACAGACCUGUUUACUCUUAUGAUUUAGGCAUACAAUGUAUGAUUUUGAGGUGUAUACAUUAUGUAAACUGUAUGUUUAUUUUUUACUAUUAAUAUAAUGUAUUGAACGAUUUUGUGAUGAUUUUGUACGAUUUUAAGAGUUUGGGGGUAAACAGGUCUGCCGAUAAGAGGGGCAUUGAAGUAGGGUUUUGAUGUAUUAAACCUUUAAGUAAUAUUAUAAUAUCUACAAUCAUAGCUUGUUGAAAUGUUGAAAGAAAAUAAAAAUAUAACUCUUUUUUCUUUAAUAACUUAAUUGAAGAAUGGAAUUUUAAUUGAUCCUUAUAAGAAAUUUUAAGGUAUUUUUAAUUUUUAUUCCAAUUUAUUGCUGAAAAUUAUCUUAUGUUAUUGCAUAAUUAUAAAAUCUUAAAAUAUCGUAAGUUUCUAAUUUCUCUCUCUGUCCCCCUGUCAUCGCAGAUCAACAUCUGUGUGUUGCAAGCAUCUAUUGUUGAAGAAGUGAUUGCCUUCUCCAACCUUGGGUCAGCCAGUGACCUGACAGCCGUGUCUCUCCUGGCCGUGUGCAUUGAUGGGGUCAGGUGCCAGCUCCUGUCCAACAAACACUCGUGUAAAGUGAGGCAAAUUUCUAGCAGUAGCCAAUAUUCUUCUUGUCACAAUUGGAUAUAAUUGUAUUCUGCAUUAUCACCUUUAGAAUAGAUUUAUUUUACAUUAGCUAUUACUAUUAGAGUAGGUUUAUUUACAACAUUACCUAUCACUACUAGGUUGCCAUUGAAUCGUCGAAAGAGCCUCUGACAAGGAAAAGCAGUGCCACACCAAAGUCUUCAGUCAAAUUUGCAUCUGGCACUUCAAGAGGAAAAGGGGAAGUGAAUCCAUUGGAACCAGACAUUGAAAAGUAAGACCUUGGUGUUUGUUGCUGUCCCUUUGUUUCUGUUUCUAAGAAUGAGUAUCCUUUUGUAAGUAAUUUCUAAACAUUUCAAAUCAACAAAAAAUGGCGUUGAAAAAUAGACACAAAUUAACUUUAAAGAAUAAGAUUCUGCUAGCAACCAAGUUAUGUUUACAGCAGUGGUUCCCAUAUAUUUUUACGCAUUAUGCCACUUUUUAAAAGCAAUUACUAUGGGUUGGUUGGGGGGGUGCGGGGGGCUAUAUCUUACAACAUAAUAAUGUUUAGGAGUUUCUUGGAGCAGCAGCAGAGCCCCUGAGACUUGCUCAUGAAGCCCUUAGGGCUCCGUAUGAGCACAUGAUGGGAACCGCUGGUUUAUAGUAUGUCGUGCUGACCUUCACUAUCAAAUAUUUCAGACCGCAGGAAGUUACAAGGGAAGAGAAUGUUGGCACCUUGCACAUCAACCACAUACAUGUCCAGCUGAGACGACUCCUCAAGUUCAGCAAUUACUCUGAGCACGUCCUGCUCACGGCCAUUCCUGAACAAUACUCACGUGUCUUCUUCACUCUAGAGCAGGACACCUCAACGCCCAUAUCCCAGCAUCAAACCAUUCCUGAUGGAAAUCUCAGUAGGUCUCUUUUUGUUUUACCAUCUUUGUUUACAGGUGGUGGCAUCCUGUCCAUCCAUUCCUGUGUCGCUACAGCCUGUGUAUGGCAGGGCUUUGGCUGCCUUGCCACUUCAUGCCACUUCAUCCCACUUCAUGCCACUAAGACCCAAAUGAUGCGUUCGAUUCCCAGCUGUUUUAGAUCAUUUUCCACAUCAUCCAUCCAUCGAAGCUUAGGUCUGCCUUUGAGCUGUUUUCCUCGGGUGUUUUGGUGGUGCAACCUCUUCGAUCUUUUGUCACAUCCUGUCCUUUUUUAUUUCUGCAACUAAUUUGGGAUCCUGGUAUAGCCCACACAAUUCCUGGUUGGUUCGUAUGCUCCAUCCAUAUACAUCAUUUGUUGGUCUGUAUAUUUUCCAGAGAACUUUUCUCUCCCGUGUGUUAAACAGGUUUUCUGCUGUUUUGGUUAGGGUCCAAGGUUCAUUUGUGUAUGUUACCACUGGUCUGAUUGCAGUUUUACUAGCAGAGGCAACACCUUUGACAGUAUUAAUUCUCUCUUGAUAUAAUAUAUAGUAAUGUUUUAUGAUUAUAUUUAGCGUGGUGAAUUUUACUUUCCAUUUGCCACAACCGUGGCUAUUUUGGAAAAAGGUUGUCCCCCUUGGUCUAGGAAUGCAUAUUCAAUAAUGAUUUGUUUUCACAACAUUGGGACCUCAAGUGAACUAGCACUCAACACAGUGUGCUCAUGUAUUGAACAAAACCGUUUUAAGCACCAGGUACAGGAAAGCUGUUCAUUUUUGUGCUUCAAUAAAAUUGGCAUAUAAUUUUCAUGACCGACCUAGCAACAGCACAAAUUCAUGAAUAGUUGAACAAAGGUAUAGCUGAAAUCCUUUUCUUCCACCCUGCACAAUCUAUCAAAAAGAAACAUUUAACAAAUCCUUCAUAAUAACCAACAUCUCACCACUUAUGACACACUACAUCCAUAUGUGGGGGGCUUUCCCCUAACUGUCACCUUGGCAGGGGCUCGAUGGAAGAUGAGUAUCUCCAACUGAGUGUGGCAUCCUGUAGCUUCAAGAAAUGCUUAGGAAAGCUAAUGGUGUCUUUGUUAACCUGUCAAGAUUUUACAUUUUUUUAAAAGGGGUCUUUCUUUUUUCCUUGUACCUUUUUUUUCACACAUCUCUUUAGGUCAUUGCUCUUAAAAUUUAUUGGACGUAGCUCUUUAGGUCUUUGGAACUAAACUUGUUGCAUACAUUCCUUCAGAUCUUUCAGGUGGCAGUAAUUUGAUCAACCCCUCCCCGAAGAGAAGACUGUCACGGACAUCCAGCAGAGACAGGGACACUGAUGGGGCAACGCGAGGCCUUGACGGUGAAAACUGUGUUUUCUCCCCUGCCAACAUCGGCUUCAUCAUGUGUGAAUCGGGGCUGGAGGACAUCUCUGUGACGGCCGUGAGGCGCCUGGGCUACCGGGAGUCCAGCGAUGUCCAGAUCAUCGAGGAGAAACUCAGCGGUCUGGACAAAACUGUGGCACAGAUGCAAGAAUCUGCAAGAUCUAAGGUGGAAGGGCAAGGUGGAGGAGAUGGGAAAACUCGUCAUGGGGAGAAUGAGAAGAUGGACAAAGAGGAUGAAGCGAAAGAGACCGCCAGUCAGGACUCCAGUACGGAUGAACCCAUUCCACUGAGCUCCCCGUCAGGUCACGUGCACUCCUCAUCCCUCAGUUCCCCGUCAUGGGACUCGGAUAAAUCGGUAGUGUCCAGUGAAUCCCCUCCACACACCCCCGUCCCUAUGCCGGAGCCGUUGGAUGGCGAUGCAUCCAAUGGGAGGCUGGAGCUGAAAACAAUAUGGUUUAACUUUGCUUCACCGCCACCAAUAUCCAUUCAUAAAAAAGUUGAUUUCACCAGGUAGGUCAUUCAGUCUCAUACCAUUAGACAUAAUCUGAUUAAAUACUGGUCAUGCAGUCUCAUAACAUUAGACAUAAUCUGAUUUAAUACUGGUCAUGCAGUCUCAUACCAUUAGACAUAAUCUCAUAUAGCACAGAACGUUGUACCAAAAUCUUACAGUAGAAAAAUUAAGCAGAAAAAUAUUUAAAAAUUGAGUUUAGCAGUGAUAAGGAUAUAUUCUGAUAAUUCUUGGUUAAUCAAAUAGCCAGUAGAAUUGGUGGAUUAUCAAAACAAGACCCAUUUAGAGGUUAUAUAAUCUUACAAUAGGUUAGAAGUCCAGUAAUCUUAUACUUGGCUAGAAGUCUUGAAAUUUUACAGUGGUUUAGUAAUCUUGUCAGAUUUUUCACCCACUGUGGUAAACUCAUUGUGUCAUAACAACCUCCACCUCAACUCCCAGUCCUCCAGUAUUCCCCAUGGACCUCAUCAGGGUGUAUCCCAUUUUUUGUGUGUCUGCCUCUAGGUCGCGUCUCCAUGUAUUCUUUGGCCUUCCUCUCUUUCUUUUUCCCCUGUGGAUUCCAUGUUAAUGAUUGUCUGGGGGGAUGCUAUCUGGGGGUUUUCGGAGGGUAUGCCCUAUCCACCUCCAUCUUCUCUUUAUGAUGUCUUCAUAAAAUUUGGGACACCUGGUAUGUCCUUUCUGGUAGAUCUUUGUUGUUGAUGGUAUUUGGCCAUUUGAUGGCUCCAUAUAGUAGGACUGUUUUGACAUUAGUGUUAAAGAUUCUGACUUUGGUUUGCAGCUUUAGCUCUUUCGACUCCCAUAUUUUUUUUAAUAGCCUAAAUGCUGAUCUAGCUUUUCCAAUUCUGGCCCUUUCAUCGGCCUCGGCUCCGCCAUUUAUGUUGAUGGUGCUGCCUAAGUAUGUGAAGGACUCCACUUCUUCCAGUGCCUUUCCUACCAGAGACAUAUGCUCUUGGUUGGCUGAGUUUACCUUCAUGAUCUUUGUCUUGCUUUUAUUUAUAUUGAGUCCGAGCUGUGCUGAAAUGGUGGCUAUGUCUUUUGUCUUUUCCUACAUUUGUUGCUGGUUGUGGGACAGAAGUGCAAUGUCAUCUGCGAAGUCUAGGUCAUUCAGUUGUUCUUAGAGUGUUCACUAUAUCUGGUUCCUCUUUUUGUCUCUGGAUUUUUUUCAUUAUCAAAUCAAUGGUGAGGAUGUAUAGGAAAGGGGACAAGAGAAAUCCUUGUCUGAAUCCACAAGUGAACUUCAAUUUACCAAUUGUCCAGUUUCCCAUUUGAUGUCAACCACCAUGGUUUGCAACCUGUAGUGACACUACUGGGUCUCUUAUCUUACAUGAUUCUCAUUAACCUACAGGCUGGAUUGGAAUCUUCUGAGCACAGCUACACCAGCCAUCGAUGCCUGGCUGAACCCAAGUGACCGUCUGAUGAAUUCUGUCAGAAGUCUAGUUAGAGAGUACUCCAAACGGAUGUGCUGUGUCAUUGCUUGUAUGAUGAUUGAAGGCCUAGAAUGUCAAGGGAUACAUGUGGCAUACAAGGUAUUCAUCUUAGUGUAGCAAUCUUUUGUAAGAUGAUUGAAGGUUUAGAAAUGUCAAGGGAUACUUGUGGCAUACAAUUUAUUCAUCUUAGUGUGACUAUCUCAGAUUACCAUAUUAAUACCUUAGUUUUUAAAAUAAAAUUUAGCUUACCAUAUGUUUAACCGUUUACAAGACAGGAUGAGGAAGGUAAUGAUGCGUCUGUAAAAUGAAUAGAUAUCUGUAAAAUGAAUAGAUACGAUUGGUUCUCUUCUUCAUUUACAAAUGUGCUUACCUUGAAUCAAUAGCUUUUCUAAUGAAAUAAUGGUUUUGUAGAAAAAAUGUGACUUGUGCAUGAUGUGAUUGAUAAAAUACUAUGCAUUAAUAGUCCUGAUGCUUGUAUCUGCAAUGAUCAGUUCAGCAGCUUUUGGUUAAAAUGGCUAUAAUUGUAAAAUGUUGUCUCGUUUUAAAUAUGUAUUUAUUUAUGUGCUGAAAAAUAAAUAUUUACAACGUAAAAAAAAAAAAAUUCCUUAAUUUUGAUCAAUAAAGAAUCUUAUCUUUAUUUUGUCAUUUUAUCAUAUCUUAUAUUAUUAUAAGAUAAUUAUCCUAUCCUAUCUUAUCUCAUCUUAUAAGAUUAAAAAUACAAACUAGGCUGAAACUGUUUGUAUGCGACCAUUUGUUACAGAGCAAAUUUAACAAGCUAACUUCACUGUCCAAAACACUGCAAGAGGAUCCAUCCAACCAGCUACUGACCGUGCUCAGGAAAUACCUGCACAAGUACGGUACGGGUCAUGUGGAGAAGUCCGUCUCAGUGGAGACGGUGCCCCAGCUGAUCACAGUGCAGAAAGGAAUUCUGGCAUUGAUGAGGCAGUGGAAGAAUGUCCUGUACAUGCCAAAUCUUGGUGAGCUGAACUUUAAGGUGAGUUCUGCCGAGCUUGUUGGUGGGGGUUAAGGUUGUGAAAAGGGUUUGAUUACCAUGAUUUUAAUGAACUUGUCAAGUUGGAACGUACCACUCGCUACAAUGUUAAGCCUAUUUAGACGGUGCCUUUUGUAGACUGUCUGUGACAAAAAGAUGGAGCCCUUUUCACAAGCCCUGCACUUAUGAAUCAAACUGAAAUCUCAACAUUAAUGCAAAUGAGUUAUCCUGAUUUGCAUAAUUUAUGCAUACACAUUUAUUUCACCCUUCGAAUAAGCAUUUGUGGGGGUCACUAGGUAAAAAAGAAAUUGAUAUAAAAUGACAGAAAUCUGUAAAAUGUCAAAGAAAGCCGCCAUUUAAAUGGCAAAAUGAGCAAGAAAGGCGAGAAGCCACUGAUGAGCUGGUAUAAAGACCAGCCACCCUAUCUCGAGGCUUUUAUUAUUGUCUCAAGAGGGUACCCGGUAAUGAAAAAAAUGGCAGAAGAUGCAUAAUAUUAGUUGAUGAAAUAUGAGCCAAAAUCACCAGCCAUAUUUGACUGUUAGCAGAUGUGACACAAGUGGACAACCUAAAAAUGAAGAUCACAUCUAACAUUACCCAAACUUUCUUAAUGUUUCUAAAUGACAAGACUAGUCUGUAGUUGUGAUGUGACCACUCAUCAGUUGGAUCAAAAUGACCUAGUCAAACUACACUACUAAUCAAUUUGAUCAAAUUGACCCUGUCAAACUGCAUGCAUAGCCACUAGCAGACCUGUUUACUCUUACGAUUUUGGCGUACAAUGUACGAUUUUGAGGUGUAUAGAUUGUAUAUACUGUAUGUUUUUUUUACUAUGAAUAUAACGUAUUAAAUGACUUUGUAAUGAUAUUGUACGAUUUUAAGAGUUUGAGGGUAAACAGGUCUGCACUAGACCACUUCGCAAGCACAAAUCAAAAUUUAUGUAAACAUAAUACAUAAAUUGGGGGGGGGGGGGGGGUGGGUUGCGUUCAAGUAUAUUUAGAGGAUAUAGAGGAUAUUUAGAUUUAUAUAUGUUUAGGUCAGAAAAAAAAGACAGGAUAAUUAAAUGGAUGUUUCAAUUGACCCUCUUAAGAUGAAUGGGCCGGUCUAUGGGCCCAAGAGUCAGUUGCGAAAAAGACAAAGGGCCAAUUCAUCUGCCCAAUAAUACAAGCCUUGAGAUUGGCUGGCUGGUGUUCCUAACAGCUAAUCAGAUUGCAUAUUGCAUUUCUUGCUCAUCUGCGCAUUUAAAUGGGAGCUUCCAUUGAUAGAUUAUGAUGUUCUGCAUCCAAUUUUUUGGUACCAAGUGACCCUUAUCAUUGCUUAAAAAAUAAAGACGUUUGCCAUACAGCAUAAAAACCUAAUGUGGAAUAUUUUAUGCAGUUGUUCACAUUGAACCUCAUUAAAAUGUUGGUUAGGACUUAUUUAGGCUUCAACAAUCAGAAAAUUCACCAAACUUCUGCAAGUGAGACAGAAUCAACAUGUUAGUAAAGAUCAGUAACAACUGUUGUAACUCAUUUAUUUCUGAAAUGUAUAAUAAAUACAGUAGAGGUGGUUCUAUUGAUUGUAACUUGGUUACUUCUGAUAAGUAUAUAAUAAACACAGUGGAGAUGGUUGAGUUGAUUGUAACUCAGUUAUUUCUGAUAUGUAUAUGAUAAAUACAAUAGAGAUGGUUGAGUUGAUUGUAACUCAGUUAUUUCUGAUUUGUAUAAUUAAUACAGUAGAGAUGGUUCCAUUGAUUGUAACUCCGUUACUUCUGAUAUGUUUUGGUUUGAUUCGAAGGACCACAGAAGCACUCCUCAUUUACAAUCACAAAUCAUCCUCUACCUCAACUCUUCCCACCUCAUUUCAAGUAGGUAACUCCGACAUACAGUUUACACCCUCUGCUAGGAAUCUUGGUUAUAUUCUUUCUAACAACAUGUCUCUCGAUAAACAUAUCUCUCACAUUUGUCGUUCGGCAUACACCGCCAUCCGUCAGAUCAGCUCCAUCCGCCACUACCUGACAGUUAGCGCAACAAAAACUCUAGUCUGUGCUCUUGUUCUCUCUCGUCUUGACUAUUGCAACUCACUUCUGUCAGGUUCACCGAAACAUUUUAUAGAAAAACUGCAGAAAGUUCAAAACUCUGCUGCUAGGCUUGUUCUUAAGGCAAAAAAACAUGAUCACGUCACUCCACUACUCCACUCACUACAUUGGCUCCCUAUACAGGCACGCAUUGACUACAAGCUGUCUCUUCUCUGUCACAACUUUUUCUCGGAUUCCUGCCCUUCCUAUCUAACUGAACUUCUUUCUGUCUAUUCACCCCUUCGACAACUUCGCUCCUCCGCAGACUCGCGUAUUCUGUCCGUUCCCAAGACACGCACUAAAUUAUAUGGUGAACGAUCUUUCUCUUUCUGCGCCCCCAAACAAUGGAAUUCUUUGCCACUACACAUCCGCAAUAUAACAACCACACAGGCCUUCAAAACUGCACUCAAAACACAUCUAUUUAAACUAUACUACUCUGACUGAUUCUCCUCCUAUAAACCGAUAAACGUACAUGGGUUUCCUUGUAAAAAUGUCUGGUGUGGGUGGAUGAAUAUACCUAUGGUGUUGUUUUGCUUAUAUGUUGUUUUUAUUUCAUUUAUGUAUUUUAUUUUAAUAUUAUGAUUAUGCCUCUUUGCUAUAUAUGUACAGCGCGGUGAGCCCAGCCCUAGGCCGGGGUACCGCGCUAUAUAAGACCACUUAUUAUUAUUAUUAUUAUUAUAUUACAUUUGGCCUAAUACAAGUUGACAUUUUCAGUCUCGUCGAAGUAUUCGUCCCUACAAUGUGUCAUUUAGUCUGCCCAAAAAUGAAACUAUUGAUGAGAUUGUUGAGGAUAAUGAAGAUAUCAUAAUUGACCAAUUUGAUGUAGUGGAUGAAAAAAUGUCUUUACUGCAGGUAACUUUUUGUGCACUAGUCAUUUGUAAAAUACUUAGGAAAGAAUACUUUUUUAAAAAGUCAAUUAAAAAUAAUAACAACCUUAAAAAAAAUGUGUUUAAUCAAAUACAAUCUUAUUUUUUUUAACCCCAUUGUUUAUGUCCUCGAUUUCUUGCACAGGCUGAAGGUGGUAUGACGCACAGGUCUGGCUCAGUUCCAAGCCUUCAUAGCAAGGGUAGACACUCUGUCAGCACUCAAGGAAAAACAGAUGGCGUGGAUUAUGUCAGUGCUGACUCUCUUCCAUCUGGGAAACCUCGGAUGUUGUCCAAUAUUUUUAAGUAAGUUAAAAGAUGGCAAAGAUUGUUUAGUUGUUGUUUUUUUUAAAUCGCAAAAAUUAAUACCUCUCAGAAUGAUAUAGUUAUCUUAAAUAAAAUAUCAGACUAUCAUCUAAAUUAUCAACCAGUAAAUUAAAAUAUCAGCCUAUUAGCUAAAAUAUCAGCCUAUAAUCUAAAAUAUCAGCCUAUAAUCUAAAAUAUCAACCUAAAAUAUAAAAUAUCAACCCUUAAUCAAAAAUAUCAACACAAAAUCUAAAAUAUCAACCUGUAAUCUAAAGUAUCAACCUGUAAUCUAAAAUAUCAACCUGUAUUCUAAGCUAUCAACCUAUAAUAUACAAGAUCAACAUAUAAUCUAAAAUAUCAGCUAAAAUCUAAAAAAAUCAACCUGUAAUCUAAAAUAUCAACUUAAAAUCUAAAAUAUACAACUGUAAUCUAAACUAUCAACCUGUUAUCUAAAAUAACAACCUAAAUAUCAACGUAAAAUUUAAAAUAUAAACCUGUAAUUUAAAUUAUGAACCUCUUAUCUUAAAUAUCAACCUAUAAUCUAAAAUAUCAACCUAUAAUAUGAAAAACCAACCCAUAAUCUAAAAUAUCAACCUAUAAUCUAAAAUAUCAACCUAUAAUCUAAAAUAUCAACCUAUCACCUAUAAUCUGAAAUAUCAAACUAUAAUCUAAAAUUUCAACCUAUAAUCUAAAAUAUCAGCCUAUAAUCUAAACUAGGUCCAAGAAAUCUGCUGGAGCCAUGGACUCACCUUUGGACCACAGCACUUCCAACCUAGCACCACCCCCCAUUUUUCUCGGCCUAAAUCGCAAUGACAGCAACAUCAGCUUCACAUCAUUAGUGGAAAGUAUCUCAAGCAAUGAACAGCUUGGGGCCCCCACACCACCACACACCCCACUGAGAACCGCAGGCCCAAAACAUUCCAUUUUAAAAAAUAGGUAGGUUUAAAGGUUGCCUUAAGUAGAUAAUUGGUCUUAAUUCCCUUUGUUCAUAAGCCGACCCCUUGUUCUUAAUCCCCUUUGUUCAUAAGCCGACCCCUUGUUCUUAAUCCCCUUUGUUCAUAAGCCGACCCCUUGUUUGGGAUGAGAAAUGCCCUGAAAGUUUAUCCUGCUCACAAGCCACCCUUUAAAAUAAUAUGCCAGUAUAUACCUUAAGGUACAAAAGAAUGCCUAGGAUGAGAUUAUGCUGGUGUGUAAAACAACUAAAUAUUGUUGUCAUCUAUUUCCAAUAUCUUUACAUGUGGUUACCAAUGGUGGAAGGGAGAGGAUUACAAAUUGUUGUUGAAUUCAAAAUGUGUAAAACAUGGCAUUAAAACAUAAAUUUUAUUUCAAGAAGAAGAUAAAUCAAAUCAAUGAUGAAGGUAAGUGCUGACAAUUAUGAAUAUUUAAAGUUGCAGUAGACUAGGUCCUUUGCGAUUUACAAUUAACAAUUUCAUUUUUCUAUGUCCUUGGAGACAAUUAUAAAAAUCUUCUGAUCCACUCAUAAGAUAAACACCCCACUUAUUCUCGUGCAAUAUUUUGUUCAAAGUCAGAUUCAGAACAAUUAUAUACUGUUAGAUUUUACCUUAAUUAAUAUUUGAUACAAUAUUCCUCCUCAUUAGUAAUGACAUGCUGGAAAUUCAAUUGUAAUUAACCAUAUGAAAAAUAGUAGAAACAAAUCCUUCUCUGUCCUAAGAACCAGGACUGUUGCAGAGCUGAUUUGUAAUUGUUGUUCUAAGUAAUUUAUGUAUACUUAAAGAUAUUACUAUUUUAUUAAGCUAAUUUUUAAAAAUAUUUAGGUACAAACAAAAUGAAGACCUGUACCAGUGGAUGGCCAAACAGCAGAAUGAGUUUCGCAUCGACCUAGAUGGAGAUGAAGCGGCCCAGUACCUGCGUCAGAACACGUCCGAGUCGUGCGCUGCCGGGCUGGCCAGCUCCUGGACUCAAGAUGACAGUAAGCUGGAUGUCAAUGAGGAGAACUGCACCAUGGCCACAUCGAUCAUGCAGCUUGCUGAUGCUCAGGUUCUGAUUGCUUUCUCUUUUGUUGAAAGGUUGACAGGACAGCCUUGGGUUAGGUUCUGGUCGCUUUCUCUUUUGUUGACAAGGUUGACGGGACAUGCUUGGGUCAGUUCUGAUUGCUUUCUCUUUUGUUGACAAGGUUGACGGGACAGCCUUGGGUCAGAUUCUGAUUGCUUUCUCUUUUGUUGACAAGGUUGAUGGGACAGCAUUGGGUCAGAUUCUGAUUGCUUUCUCUUUUGUUUUAAGUACCUACCUACAUCCACCUUUGACAUCCUAUCCAACAAUGUCCCCAGGUGUUGUUUAAACCUAUCCUUGACAUCCUAUCCAACAAUGUCCCCAGGUGUUGUUUAAACCUAUCCUUGACAUCCUAUCCAACAAUGUCCCCAGGUGUUGUUUAAACCUAUCCUGCAGAGUCUGGGUUUACACGUGGAAAGUGUCCGCCCUUCGGCCAUGAUGAAGAAAUUUGGAGGCCACCUUCUGCUCCAAUGUCAUUUCAGCUUGUUCAAGAUCCUCAUUGCCGAGUCCGAGGCCACUCCAUCAUUGCAUACGACCUACAUCCCAAAGGGCAAAGGUCGGGGCAAAAAAAGUUUCUCCAAAAUGCCAGAGAGUGCUGCCUUCCAGUGUGAAAGGUACUACAUAUAAUUCUAGGUGGGCCGUUGAGUGAUGAAAUCAGUCUUCCAUUAAGCAAAUACCGUAAAUAGUCCUCUACGAAACAGUCCUCUACGGUAGAUGUCUCUAAAUCAGGAUGCUGUCUGUGGAGUUUUAAAGAUAAUUAUUUCUAUCCAUAAAUGAUGUCUCACAUCUAGAAGGGUAGAGGGCUCACGAAUUUGUGACCAUGCAUUAUGAGGGCGUCCUAAAUUGUGUGACCAAUGAGUGACCAUUGGGGGGGGGGGGGGGGGGGGAGGGGGGGGGGGUCCAAAGUAGCAUAACGUCAUUUAUGACCUCUUUAUUAGUAGUUUCUGUCAGCAAAGUGAAAGCCUUCAGCUGUUUCAAUCAUAAAGUUUUCUUAUAGAAGCUAAUUAAAAUAAAAUAAAAAACACAAGGGCUCACGAAUUUGUGACCAUGCAUUAUGAGGGCGUCCUAAAUUGUGUGACCAAUGAGUGACCAUUGGGGGGGGGGGAGGGGGGGAGGGGGGGGGGGUCCAAAGUAGCAUAACGUCAUUUAUGACCUCUAUAUUAGUAGUUUCUGUCAGCAAAGUGAAAGCCUUCAGCUGUUUCAAUCAUAAAGUUUUCUUAUAGAAGCUAAUUAAAAUAAAAUAAACAACACCAAUGUCUGCACACAGAAUAGUACAAGUCAGAAUGCUACAACGAAGCAGAAACAAAAUGAAUGCAACUGAACACAAAGUGAAGGAAGGACAUAAUAUUUUAUAUUACAUUCAACUACUCCCGUUCACUGACGUGUAUUACAUACAAAAUAGCAAAUCCUUUUUUUGAACUUUAGUAUUCAAAUGCACCUUGGAAGUUGAAUCAGUGCCAAGCCUAGUUCCUUCCAUAUUUGAGAUGAUCAUGAAAUAUUUGAAGACAUUUAAAUUUGUUUUACCUUGAACAUUUCAUAACAUUUUCUUCCCCAUCACCAGUUUUGAUGUGAAUGUGUCGCUGAAAGACGCAGUGGAUUUCUGCGAGAAUGGAGAGAUGUCCAAGUUCCCCUACAAGUUUGCCAUGCACAAGCUGGAGGCCAAGCCGACCACACUGCAGAUUAACCUGCUGGUCAACUGUCACGCCAUCAGGCAGAAUGUGGACAUGGCCUUACUCAGGCUAGCCCAUCAGGUGAAAAUAAUCUGCAUUUGACACAUUGGCAGACUUCACUGAUUUAUUUUCAUCAUGCGAAUGUCUGUAAAUUACGUCUUAAAAUUGAUUUUAGCUCAACUCUCUUUAAUCAGUGUUGGUCUUGUGAUGCUGCUCAAGGCAGUGGAAAAAUCCCUAAGCUUGAGAUUUUGCCAAAACAUGAAUAAAUCUGAUCAGUCGAGAACAAUGAUUGAAAAUGUGUGCCAUUCACAAUGUCAGUGAUUGAAUGUCUGUGUUAUUCACCUGUUCAGUGAUUGAAUUUCUGUGUUAUUUACCAGGCCAGUGAUUGAAUAUUUGUGAUUUUUGCCAGGUCUUGACAAUGGUUGGCAAUGUGAAAGAGACCAGAGUUGAGCUGAAGCAGAAACGUUUUGACCAGUCCAUAUGGAUGCAGACCCACAGGAAACAGGAGUCCAAAGAUUCCACAUCAAGUGUGGAUACAAACCAGUCGGAUACAUCCCAGACCGAGAGGUUGAUGGGAUCUUUUACCAACCUUCUAACACUGGAUAAAAGAAAAGGUAACCUAUUGGUGUGUACAUAGAAUAACAUUGGUGUGUACAUACACUAACAUUGAUGUGUACAUAAACUAACAUUGGUGUGUUCAUACACUAACAUUGGUGUGUAUGUACACUAACAUUGAUGUGUACAUACACCAACAUUGGUUUUACCUUAGAGUGUACAUAAAUUGUUACUUUAGAGUGUACACACAUGAAAACUCUUUUACACAUUUUAAAUAAAUAGGAUGAUCACUAAAUGCCAUUAUGUCCCCCCAGAAACACCUCUCGUGCAGAAGUCAGGUCCACCUUCAUCCAAGGGCAGUGCAGAGACAACAUCUUCUCUCUUUCAGAGUGUCUCCAGCUCUAGGGUAGAAUCCAAAUGGUCCUCCGGGCUCAAACCCACCCCAUCUCCUAUUGUGGUCUCUAAACCAAUCAGCCAGCACCAGGUACCAGCCAGCCAGCAUCAGAUACCAGCCACCCAGCACCAGGUACCAGCCAGCCAGUACCAGGUACCAGCCAGCCAGCACCAGAUACCAACCAUCUCAACUCACCCACCUUCUGCUGUAAACACUGAUGGUCCUACUAACGGUGAUGGAAAACUCCACCACAUGACAGUGGAGUCGAAGGCUCAGAUCCACUACACACCCCCUGGGCCUGACAACAGAAGACCAGAAGAGUUACCCCUGGGGCUUGGUCAUGCCAAGAAAACAGGUCAUCUCAGAUUUGCACAAGAUUCAAAGGAGGAAUCUCCUGCCGCAAGUAAUUCCUUCAUCUUGUAGAUUAAUAAUAAUAUAUGGAAGUCCUAGCUGUGGUUAAGUAGUUGUGGGAAGUGCACUUGUCAAUCCAAACGUGGGAAGUGCACUUAUCAAUCCAAACGUGGGAAGUGCACUUGUCAAUCCAAACAUUGGGAAGAGCACUUGUCAAUCCAAACGUGGGAAGAGCACUUGUCAAUCCAAACGUGGGAAGUGCACUGGUCAAUCCAAACGUGGGAAGAGCACUUGUCAAUCCAAACGUGGGAAGAGCACUUGUCAAUCCAAACGGUGGCUAUUCUAGGGAAGGAGUUAAAACCUCAGUGAAAAACAUAAAGUCAGAAAACAUCAACUGACUUGGGGGCUGCUAUUGAUAAGAAGCUGUUCAUGCUAUUCUGACAAAAAGAUGUUAUAGGCUUCUUGUAGUUGAUGAGAUGGGAAGUGUCAAGAUGAUAUAGGCUUCUUGUAGUUGAUGAGAUGGGAAGUGUAAAGAUGAUAUAGGCUUCUUGUAGUUGAUGAGAUGGGAAGUGUAAAGAUGAUGUAGGCUUCUUGUAGUUGAUGAGAUGGGAAGUGUAAAGAUGUUAUAGGCUUCUUGUAGUUGAUGAGAUGGGAAGUGUAAAGAUGAUGUAGGCUUCUUGUAGUUGAUGAGAUGGGAAGUGUAAAGAUGAUAUAGGCUUCUUGUAGUUGAUGAGAUGGGAAGUGUCAAGAUGAUAUAGGCUUCUUGUAGUUGAUGAGAUGGGAAGUGUCAAGAUGAUAUAGGCUUCUUGUAGUUGAUGAGAUGGGAAGUGUAAAGAUGAUAUAGGCUUCUUGUAGUUGAUGAGAUGGGAAGUGUAAAGAUGUUAUAGGCUUCUUGUAGUUGAUGAGAUGGGAAGUAUAAAGAUGAUGUAGGCUUCUUGUAGUUGAUGAGAUGGGAAGUGUAAAGAUGAUAUAGGCUUCUUGUAGUUGAUGAGAUGGGAAGUGUAAAUAUGUUAUAGGCUUCUUGUAGUUGAUGAGAUGGGAAGUGUAAAGAUGAUAUAGGCUUCUUGAAGUUGAUGAGAUGGGAAGUGUAAAGAUGAUAUAGGCUUCUUGUGGUUGAUGAGAUGGGAAGUGUAAAGAUGUUAUAGGCUUCUUGUCGUUGAUGAGAUGGGAAGUGUAAAGAUGAUAUAGGCUUCUUGUAGUUGAUGAGAUGGGAAGUGUAAAGAUGAUAUAGGCUUCUUGUAGUUGAUGAGAUGGGAAGUGUAAAGAUGAUAUAGGCUUCUUGUAGUUGAUGAGAUGGGAAGUGUAAAGAUGAUAUAGGCUUCUUGUAGUUGAUGAGAUGGGAAGUGUAAAGAUGAUAUAGGCUUCUUGUAGUUGAUGAGAUGGGACGUGUAUUCUAUGAUUUUUAAAAAUCUUCAAUAUAAAAAAAUGAUACAUGACAGCUUUUAAAAAGCAAAAUCCUAGUCAUCUCCAUCAUGUUUCUAUCUCUAUUAUUUUGUCAGAGAAAGUGUCCACUCCUAGUCAUCUCCAUCAUGUUUCUAUCUCUAUUCUUGUGUCUGAGAAAGUGUCCACUCCUAGUCAUCUCCAUCAUGUUUCUAUCUCUAUUCUUGUGUCAGAGAAAGUGUCCACUCCUAGUCAUCUCCAUCAUGUUUCUAUCUCUAUUCUUGUGUCAGAGAAAGUGUCCACCCCUAGUCAUCUCCAUCAUGUUUCUAUCUCUAUUCUUGUGUCUGAGAAUGUGUCCACUCCUAGUCAUCUCCAUCAUGUUUCUAUCUCUAUUCUUGUGUCUGAGAAAGUGUCCACUCCUAGUCAUCUCCAUCAUGUUUCUAUCUCUAUUCUUGUGUCAGAGAAAGUGUCCACCCCUAGUCAUCUCCAUCAUGUUUCUAUCUCUAUUCUUGUGUCAGAGAAAGUGUCCACCCCUAGUCAUCUCCAUCAUGUUUCUAUCUCUAUUCUUGUGUCUGAGAAAGUGUCCACUCCUAGUCAUCUCCAUCAUGUUUCUAUCUCUAUUCUUGUGUCUGAGAAUGUGUCCACUCCUAGUCAUCUCCAUCAUGUUUCUAUCUCUAUUCUUGUGUCAGAGAAAGUGUCCACCCCUAGUCAUCUCCAUCAUGUUUCUAUCUCUAUUCUUGUGUCUGAGAAAGUGUCCACUCCUAGUCAUCUCCAUCAUGUUUCUAUCUCUAUUCUUGUGUCUGAGAAAGUGUCCACUCCUAGUCAUCUCCAUCAUGUUUCUAUCUCUAUUCUUGUGUCAGAGAAAGUGUCCACUCCUAGUCAUCUCCAUCAUGUUUCUAUCUCUAUUCUUGUGUCAGAGAAAGUGUCCACUCCUAGUCAUCUCCAUCAUGUUUCUAUCUCUAUUCUUGUGUCAGAGAAAGUGUCCACUCCUAGUCAUCUCCAUCAUGUUUCUAUCUCUAUUCUUGUGUCAGAGAAAGUGUCCACUCCUAGUCAUCUCCAUCAUGUUUCUAUCUCUAUUCUUGUGUCAGAGAAAGUGUCCACUCCUAGUCAUCUCCAUCAUGUUUCUAUCUCUAUUCUUGUGUCAGAGAAAGUGUCCACUCCUAGUCAUCUCCAUCAUGUUUCUAUCUCUAUUCUUGUGUCAGAGAAAGUGUCCACUCUUGGUCAUCUCCAUCAUGUUUCUAUCUCUAUUCUUGUGUCAGAGAAAGUGUCCACCCCUAGUCAUCUCCAUCAUGUUUCUCUCUCUAUUCUUGUGUCUGAGAAAGUGUCCACUCCUAGUCAUCUCCAUCAUGUUUCUAUCUCUAUUCUUGUGUCAGAGAAAGCAUCCACUCCUAGUCAUCUCCAUCAUGUUUCUAUCUCUAUUCUUGUGUCUUAGAAAGUGUCCACCCCUAGUCAUCUCCAUCAUGUUUCUAUCUUAUUUCUUGUGUCAGAGAAAGUGUUCACUCUUCACACUGGAGCUGAUGGUGAUGUCAUGACACCCCCUCACUCCCUGAAUCUCAGUGACUCCGUGGUCCUGGACAUCGCUGACACAUCUUCCCCUGCCCUCAAUGAGAAGACAAUCAUCGACGAGAUCAAGGAGAGCACCCCUCAGUGCUGGAGACACUUGUACCAGCUGUUGGAGCUGUACGCCACAAUGCCUGAACCCAAGACGGUGGCAGUCAGGCAUUCUCAAGGUAGAUAAUUUAUACAAUGUCUGAACCCAAGACUGUUGCAGUCAAUAGAUAUUUUAUACAAUAUCCGAACCCUAGACUGUUGCAGUCAAUAGAUAUUUUAUACAAUAUCCGAACCCAUGACUGUUACAGUCAAUAGAUAUUUUAUACAAUAUCCGAACCCAAGACUGUUGCAGUCAAUAAAUAUUUUAUACAAUAUCCGAACCCAUGACUGUUGCCGUCAAUAGAUAUUUUAUACAAUAUCAGAACCCUACACUGUUGCAGUCAAUGAAUAUUUUAUACAAUAUCCAAACCCAAGACUGUUGCAGUCAAUAGAUAUUUUAUACAAUAUCCGAACCCAUGACUGUGCAGUCAAUAGAUAUUUUAUACAAUAUCCGAACCCAAGACUGUUGCAGUCAAUGAAUAUUUUAUACAAUAUCUGAACCUAUGACUGUUGCAGUCAAUAGAUAUUUUAUACAAUAUCAGAACCCUACACUGUUGCAGUCAAUGAAUAUUUUAUACAAUAUCCAAACCCAUGACUGUUGCAGUCAAUAGAUAUUUUAUACAAUAUCCGAACCCUAGACUGUUGCAGUCAAUAAAUAUUUUAUACAAUAUCCGAACCCAUGACUGUUGCCGUCAAUAGAUAUUUUAUACAAUAUCCGAACCCUAGACUGUUGCAUUCAAUAGAUAUUUUAUACAAUAUCCAAACCCAAGACUGUUGCAGUCAAUAGAUAUUUUAUACAAUAUCCGAACCCUAGACUGUUGCAGUCAAUAAAUAUUUUAUACAAUAUCCGAACCCAUGACUGUUGCAGUCAAUAGAUACUUUAUACAAUUUCCGAACCCAAGACUAUAGCAGUCAGGUUUCCUUGGGUCCAUACAGUUCUUGUCCCAGAGAGUUGACAGAUGUAUUCAAGAUAUGUGCAUGAUGUACAUGUUAUUGUCUAAAACAGUUUACUUUCCUACUAAGUAGCUUAGAUGGUUAAGUGAUAAUGUCCCUAAAUAUUCUCAAAGAUUUUGUUAAGGAACAUUUAUUCCUCUUUUAGCCCAACCUCAAUAAUUAUAAUGGUAUGAAGAGAGAGUUACUGCAUGAAUUAAUCUUGUGUCUGUCAGCUCUAAACAAGUUGCCUGUCAUAGAGAAAGAGUUAGGGGUUACCAGAAAUUUGUUGGAAAGAAAUUUUGUCGACUGACAAUUGAUACACGGAAGUUUGAUCGAAUGGAAAUUUGAUCAAAUUUUUUUUUUCAGCCCACACGAUCAAAUUUUGGUCAAAUUUCUUUUCGUACGCACUAUAAUAUAUAGUAAAACAAAAUAAUUCGUUCAACAGUUAGGGCAUAAAUUAAUUCAACAUGUUAUCUGUCAGCUCUAAUAGAGGAAGACUUGGGGCAUAAAUUAAUUCAACAUUUUAUCUGUCAGCUCUGAACAAGUUGCCUGUGAUAGAGGAGGAAGAUGUAGAAGAGGGCUCAGUGAAGAGGGAGUCUCGUGUCUCAGACUAUGGGGCCAAACUCAGCACUCUCAUCCAGAACAGGAAAUCUUCCAUGCUGCACGGACUCAGACGAGAUUCUUCUACAGGUGGCUAAUAAAGCUAUCAUUUAAACUCAUUUACAGAAGCGGUUAAAUUAGCUGUUUUCCUGUAGAUUGUAACUUCUGGGCAAAUAAACUGUAAUUAUGCUGCUAAUGAAAUUUACUGUGCUCUACAUUAAUUGAUUUAUGGAGAUGAGAUGCCUCAUUUUAGUUGGCUAAAAGAAUUUACAUAUUUUAUUAAAUAAUCCUAAUAAAGAAAUUAAAAUUUCAUUUCUGGCCAUACCAUAGUAAUUAAGUUAAAUUUCUUCAUUGAUAACAUCAGACAGCCAAGAUGCUCAGCAGAGGUGGAAAAAUGCCAAAGAUAAAAUUGAUAGAAAACAGGUCCAGGAACCCAAGAAAGAGGAGAAAAAGAAUAAAGUUGACGCAGCAGCCAAAGAGGAGGCGAGUCUGGGCACGGACUCUUCCUUGGCUCAUCAGUCGUUCAUCAGGACGAGGUUUAAACAAAGUGAGUCUGUCGUUGAAUGUCUGACACAGAAAAGUUUUAAACAAAGUGAGUCUGUCGUUGACACUGACAAGGUUUAAACAAAGUGAGUCUGUCGUUAAAUGUCUGACACUGACAAUUAGAGCAAGAUUUAUUACAUAAGUAAAGUUAAUGUUAGCAGGUUUGAGCAUAUUCAGGGAUGGGUAAAUAAAUUAUUUAAAUAGACUCACCAGCUCAACCAGGCUGCUAUUCUAGGGGAGGAGAAAAUCAGAAGAGGACAAACAAAAUGAUGCCCCAAAAGAUGUAAGACACCAGCCGGUAUGAGAUAGUAAUAAGCUGUUUAAGUGAACCUGACACUAUGAGUCACACUCAAAAUAUGUGAGUGAACUUUUACUUCUUUGCAACAAUGAUGAGAUUACACAGGGAUAAUAGACAUUGAUAACAUAGGGGACAUUGACAGAAAUUAUCUUUGGGGCACAUAGACUCAUGCUUCAAGUCAUCUAGGAUUUCUCAUCGACUGAGUAUAUCCAUUGAAAUAAUUAGUUUUUAUGAAGAUAGAAUUGUUUCAUGAACACAACACUCAUGCCUCUUUUAAAUUCAUCAUGAAAACUAUCGUCCAGGCGUCAAUGUUGGAUGACCACACCACUAAUGUCUCUAUCAAAUUGUCCAUUCUCCAGGUAUCUACGUUGGAGAAAGUGUCCCACUGAUAGUCUAUGGAAUUCUGAAGGUAGAAAAGUUUCUCAUCAGUGCUGAACUGAGUGGUCUCAAACUGGAAGCCAACACUACCAAAGUUCAUGCCAGUGGCACCUACAAGAAAAGGGUCAAAGGUCAGAGUCUCUACAUUUACUCUAUGGUCUAAUUUUAAAGAUUGCAAAGGAAAAAAAAAUUGUUAUUCUUUUUACCAUUUUCAGGAAUUUAUUCGAAUACAUCUAAUUACUUUGAAGCCACAAUCUGGUGGCGUGGCCAUAGCCACCACAAUCAUGUGUGGUGGCCUUAGUCACCACAAUCUGGUGUCGUGGCCACAGCCACCACAAUCUGGUUUCGUGGUCCUAGCACCACAAUCUGGUAUCGUGGUCCCAGCGGCCACAAUCUUGUAUCGUGGCCCCAGCCACCACUAUCUGGUGUCGUGACCCUAGCCACCACAAUCUGGUAUCGUGGUCCCAGCCACCACAAUCUUGUAUCGUGGCCCCAGCCACCACUAUCUGGUGUCGUGACCCUAGCCACCACUAUCUGAUGUCGUCGCCCUAGCCGCCACUAUCUGAGGUCAUGGCCCUUGACUCCACAAUCCGGUUUUUUGGCCAUACGCACCACAAUCUGGUUUUGUGGCCAUACACACCACAAUAUGGUUUUGUGGCCCUAGCCACCACAAUCUGGUGUCAUGGCCCUUGCCACCAAAGGGCCACCACAAUCUGGUGUCAUGGCCUUUGUCACCACAAUCUGGUGUCAUGGCCCUUACUUUAUAGUUUAGAGCCUUAAUUGACCAUAAUGAUUUCUCCUUUUUGUUCCAUAUUUUGAAUGCCUUCCUCUUUAUGCAAAUAGAAGACACAUUAUUAUUGAAUUAUAAGUUAGUAAAACAUUGAACUGAGCUAGCAAGUUUAUUCUGAGGCAGAGUUAAGUCAAGGUGGCAAGACUUCUAUUCAAGUAUAAGUCCAUGGCUUUGAUAGUCUUCUGACUAGUGUACACAUUCAAUUAACUAUUGAAUGAAAAUUCACAUGUACCAGUUGUUUAACUUACAAGACAAAAUGCAUCAACUCUCUUCCAUUUUGCUAUGUUAAUUCCAGGUUUCCUGCACAGAGUUUCCUCAGAUUCCUCAUACACGGCCCACAUGGGUCAGUCUAAGAUUAAUCUCAGAGAAGGAGAUCCACCAGAACUGCAGUGAGUCCACUUCAUUACUAUGCAAAAAUCAACCAAAUAAACUAUGUGUGUCAUGACUUGUCUCUUUAGGUGUUACAAUACCUGUAAAAAAAAAAACCGAUUUAUUCAAAAAGAAACACAACAUUGUAAGAAAAGAGAAAUAAAUAAAAUCACUGGAUUAUGAAAGGAAAAACUAAGCCAAAUCACAAUGAUCCUGCUCAAGCUGACUUUUCUAAACCACUCAAUUGCUUGUCAUGAAAACUUGUCUGGGAAUGUUAUAUAUGCAAUGUUGUUCUUAUGAUCAUGUGAAGCUGGCUCUGACACAGAUCAUAUGACGCUGACCCUCCUAUGACUUAACAUUUCAGAACUGUGGUGACCAUCAACAUAAACAAAUCCCAGGCCCUGUUGACGUCCGUCAUGCGUCGAGGCAAGGAGCACAACUCCACACUUGUCUCCAUCGGUGUGGUGGACAUUGACAUUCCCCAGCACCCGGUCAUCCUGCAUGACAUGAUGUCCAGGAGCUCCAAGAAGAUCACGGCAACACUUCAGGAGCUUCGCUGGCCAACUCAGAAUACCAAGUAUUGGUGAUACUUUCACUGCAUUGUUUUUUAUACUAGUUGAUUGACAGUUUCUUAGAGUUGUAUCAAGUAAUAGCCACCUAUAGAUACACAUAAAUAAAUGCACAAGAAGAUGUGUGUGACCUUUUUGAUAUGAUUUUUUGGAACAUUCAUCCGGCAGGCUAACCCUUAUCAGUGACCACGUCUAUCAAUUUAAACUCUAAAUUUCUUUUGAAGCAGUGAGGAGAAUACGUAAUAAAGCUCUGCAACUUGCAGAUAAAACACACUGGUCAUGUGCUAAUGAAGGAAAGUCUAAACAAAAAUUUAUGGAGAAGGGUUGCUAUGGUGUAUGUUGUGAGAAGGGGAAGACAUCACUAUCUUGGGGGUUGAAACACUGACCAAUGUUAACAUAGAAUGACGAUACUGAUAUCAAUCAAAGUAUUUUGUACAUUUUACUCUCUGUUUCUUAAAAAAAUAAAAAAAAUUGAAAAAUGGAAUGAUAUUUUUUAAAAAAUCGAAACUGAUUUGAAUUGUAUUCUUACCAUGACUCAUGUAAUGUAAACUUGUGGUGUCACAAAGGUGUACUUUUAAGAUUGGCUAACAUUAUGUUUUCUCAUUGACAGCCGUAUGCACUUCUCAUCUGAAGACAACUCCAACCAGUCGGCUGCCUUCACCACAGUGGGUGGCAUCCAGAGCAAAGUCCCCUACGAGAAGCUCCCCAAUGCCCCCAGCGUUGGGAAACCUGGUGCUGGAGAAAAGGUCGUUCGCAAACAUCUUCACAUCAAGGCUGUGCUCCAAGGCAUAGUGAUUGGGGCCUCCAUCCUACCAUCCCUGAAGGCACAGUAUAAAACGGAUGCCAUCACCAUGUCUGGAGUGCUAGGCAGAAAGGCACACUUUACAGUUGUAUUACCCACCCACCUGCUGAGUUUUAAAUCCAAGGUAACACAUUUUUUUACCUGCCCACCUGAGUUUUAAAUCCAAGGUAACACAUUGUUUUACCUGCCCACCUGCUGAGUUUUAAAUCCAAGGUAACACAUUGUUUUACCUGCCCACCUGCUGAGUUUUAAAUCCAAGGUAACACAUUGUUUUACCUGCCCACCUGAGUUUUAAAUCCAAGGUAACACAUUGUUUUACCUGCCCACCUGCUGAGUUUUAAAUCCAAGGUAACACAUUGUUUUACCUGCCCACCUGCUGAGUUUUAAAGCCAAGGCAACUCAUUAACACUUGGUGGAUUUAGCAUUCAUAUGCUCCUGUUAAAAUAAAGGGACCCAAUGAGAGCAAGGAUUAUGUCCAUUUAAUUAUCUGCUUAUUUGUAAUGCAUUACUUGGAACCUGCCCGCCGCAGGCAUUUGACUGUGUGACCAGAAGAUAACGUGUUCUUAUUUUGUUGAGAAAAGUGUGAUUGAUAUCAAGUGUGUUAUUGAUGAUUGUAACCAUUUGCCAACUUUUCAGAUAACGGCCGCUGCUGCCCUGGCUGACACUCCCAUACCAUCGGCUGCCAGCAUUGAACUGCCUCCCAUACAGGUGAUAGCAGACUAUCGUGUGCAGAAGCCUGACACGCUCGCCAGUGACCACCAGGAGGUUGAGUUGGGUGAGGACCUGGAGCUGCUGGAAGGCAACUAUCUGUACGCUGUAGCUGAAGUUGGGAUGCUGGAGCACAGUCUUACAACUGACCUUCUCAACCAUUUGGUCUUUGUGCAGAAAGUUUUCAUGAAAGUAAGCUAAGUGUAUGAGUUUUACUUAGAUCUGAUUACAUCCUAGAAUUGUUCUAGUACAGUGCAAUAUGUCAUUGGUAUCUUUAAAGCAAUAAACAAUUUUUUGGUUGAAAACUGUUUAAAAUUAUAAUAUUAAAAUAAAUUGAAAUCAACAUUAAUGAGCCCUAAAGGUAUGCUAAGAUGCCUUCCAUUCUAUAAUAUCUACAUUAGUGAGCCAUAAAGGACGCUCAAGAUGCCUUCCAUUGUAUAACAUCUACAUUAGUGAGCCAUAAAGGUACGCUAAAGAUGCCUUCCAUUCUAUAGCAUCUACAUCAGUGAGCCUUAAAGGUACACUAAAGAUGCCUUCCAUUCUAUAACAUAUAGAUUAGUGAGCCAUAAAGGUACGCUCAAGAUGCCUUCCAUUCUAUAACAUCUAGAUUAGUGAGCCAUAAAGGUACGCUCAAGAUGCCUUCCAUUCUAUAACAUCUAGAUUAGUGAGCCAUAAAGGUACGCUAAAGAUGCCUUCCAUUCUGUAACAUCUAGAUUAGUGAGCCAUACAGGCAUGCUGUAGCUGCCUUCCAUUGUGUCUUACAGGAAAUCAAUGAGAUUGUACAGAAGGUGUCAGGUUCCAGCGGCAUCAAUGUCGAGGAGAUCAAGUCCACCAUUAAAGUUGAUGAAGUGCCCGAGAGAAAGCCACUUCUCUACUCUGUCUCUGUCAGGUUCAAGGUAAAGUGAUGUGGAAGUCAGUGAGAUACAGUGGCACUUAACCAUUAUAAAUAUAACUUACCGCACUCAGGUAUCAUAAAAACAUUGAGUACAAUAUAGUGUCACCAUCAUUCAGGGCCAGUUGCUAUUUAGGCGUGCAGUCAAAAGUUUAUCAAAUUAGCAUGAAACGGCCGUCAACGUUUAUUUGUUUUUCCUCCACCAAGGGAAUCCAAGUGACUGCCACCACACCAACCUCCAACGCUGUCAGAUUUGAAACAGGGGCCAUAACUUUAGACUUGUCCAACAGAUUUCACCUGCCUAAGAAAGAUGUCACCAACAGAACUGAAUCAACCGUUGAACAAGGUUAG